AUGAGGGAGUGGUGGCAGUUUAGAAAUCAUGUCCUGAUUUUUCAGCUUUUGCCAGCUCCCACUCUAGCUUUGCCAUUCAUUCCUAUGGGACAAAUUUCACCACAAGAACGACGAUAUUCCGUGAACCAUUCGGCGAAACGUUCCACAAAGUAAUAGCAAUCCGAUCGGGAACAAUCUGCACGUUUUGGUAAAUUUUUGUCUAUCUAGUGUAAAAACUGUGGGAGGAGUUAGGGUGGCAAAUUUGGCUAUAAUAAGAAUAAGAAGUUUGUUUGUUUUUUAUUUUUUUUUUAGAAGUGGCAAUGCUUGUAUUUGUCAACUUGCAGAGACCACACUUAGUACUAAAACCACUGGCCCAGUACAACGUACACUAUUAAAUGGCCAUUUUACAACCAAGAAAACACAAUGCCUUCUACUGACUUGGUUAUGGCAUUGCGGUUUCUAUUUCCUGUGGCAUUGCGGUUUCUAUUUCCUAUUUCCUUUGUUUCAGCAGGAUAUUUUUUUCUUUUUCUUUUGAUGUUGCCAACUUACAAAAUGUAGUAGAUUGUACUUUUUCUUAAAAAUCACAAUGUUUCCAGAAAAUAACUGGGGUCUCUAAUAAGUAAAUCUACCCUGAUGACUACAACUGAAUAGUAAUUUGGUGUCUUGCAUUAAAGGACCACUAUAGGCACCAGACCACUUCCACUCAAUGAAGUGGUCUGGGUGCCAGGUCCAUCUAGGGUUAACCCUGCAGCUGUAAACAUAGCAGUUUCAGAGAAACUGCUAUGUUUACACUAGGGUUAAUGCAGCCUGUAGUGGCUGUCUCAUUGACAGCCACUAGAGGCGCUACCACACUUCUCACUUUGAAAAUCAGUGAGAAGACGCUGGACGUCCAUAGGAAAGCAUUGGGAAAUGCUUUCCUAUGGACUGUUUGAAUGCGCGUGCGGCUCUUGCCGCGCAUUCGGCGCUGACGUCAGCAGAGGGAGGAGAGUUCCCCAGCGCCGAGGGAGCCCGGCGCUGGAGAAAGGUAAGUGUUUAACCCCUUCAGCCCAGCGGGAGUGGGACCCUGAGGGUGGGGGGGACCUAAAGACCCUAAAGUGCCAGGAAAACAAGUUUGUUUUCCUGGUACUAUAGUGGUCCUUUAAUAAGGACGUGGGUCUUAAGGUUUUAUAAGGAUAGUUAGUUAUUUCUGAUUUGGACAGCAGUAAGGCUGCAACUUCUGUAUCUAGAGUAAGGAUGCAGGUAGAUCAUUGUAUGGCAGCAAAACUAAUGGGUCCUUAUAUACAUUUUUAAUAUUUGUCCUAUUUCUUACAGAAUUUCUCUGACACGGAAUGGUGAGAAAUUACAAGCUCAGGAUCACCUUAUAGUCCAGGAAUACAUUGACAAGCCCUUUCUAAUGGAAGGUUACAAGUUUGACUUGCGUAUCUACAUAUUGGUUACCUCUUGUGAUCCGCUGAGAAUAUUUAUUUACAACGAUGGGCUCGUUCGGAUGGGCACAGAGUCCUACAACCAACCCUCAGAGUCUAACUUAGUGAGUAAUUUUGCUUUAGUACACCAUGCAGAAUGAGUACAGAGUCCAUGUACAACGUUUCUGUAGUCUUUGUGCAGUUUUCACCCAUCAUAAAACUGUUCAUUGAGGUAGUGAUGGUCACAUUGUUCAACGUAUGUCCGCAUGAACAGGCCUGUUUGAGCUGGGACUUUGUUUCUCCCAAAAACAUUCAAGAUUAAGCACUGAAUUUUGCACAGAAAUUAAUUGAAAAGGACUGUUUUUGAACCAAGUUUGCCAUUCUCAUAUUUACCAAAAGAAAUCCAGUCAAAGAUUAUUAAUGUCAACCAAAUGAACGGAAUGCCAUCGGUACCAUUUUGUAUCUGGUUUAAAAUGAUAGUUGUGUUUUUUGUUUGUUUUUUUUAAACGUAUAUCCUGUAUAAAAUCCCUUCCUACCCCCUUAUUUACCUAAGCCGAAUGCAUACUAGAUAAUACCUAGAUGCAGGCAAAUCCUGUAAAUAAAUUCACUUGCAAACUGAAUGCAAAUCUAUUGAAAUCUGAACUGUUUGCCCGCUGGCCACACCAGCAGCUAGGGGGUAAAUAGUUUUGUUUUCAGCACUCGGUUCCGGUUUUCAGCAGUUCCGUUACUUCCGGACAGUCUGAAAUCAGGUGGAUAUUCAUGUCCUUUCAAGUGCUGCUUUGCAAAUGCUGGACAUUGAAAAACCUUAUGAACAUUGUCUGGAGUUUGCUGUCAGAGUACGCCUGGAUGCAUCUACCAUUUUAUUGUUCUUUAAACCCGUGGCAUUCUGACUUUAGGGAAUAAACCCCUCUGAACAAAGCAGGCUUCUGUUGGUUCUUGAUACCUUGAUUGUGUCACUAUCCUUUAAAUACUUGUAGACAUACAGCUGUUUUUUGAAUUCAUACAUUGAUAGUAAUGUUUCCCUGGACCCGUUCAUUUGCAAUUACUACAAGUUGGUCAAAACCGUGCACAAACUGAUGCACUAGACUUAAAGUCGUUUAGAUUCUAGCUCCCCCUUGUGGACUGCUAUGGCAUUGUCUUCAGGUGUUCUAUUUUUUGUAAGCACCAAGGUUAAAAAAUAGCAGCCUGCAAUUGAAUUCUUGGAAGCAUGUGUCCUUGGUUACAUUGAAAGGAUCAUUUUCUAAACUGCUCUAAAACGCGUUUCUUUUACAAUUAAUCAAUAACAUUUAACAUAUAAAAGUAAGUAAUGAUGUUUGUAAGUGAGGCAAUGAUGCAUUCGAAGGCACUGUUUAAUGUUAAAAGGUUAAUUCUGCUUUUAACACUAUUUUUCCUUACUAUAGAGUAAGCAUUGUGACAUUAUUUUGUUAUACCUACAGUUGUCAUCAAGUUCUCUGUUUUGUCUGCUUUAUCCGUCAAAUCAAGGCUUCUGCGUUCUGCAUUUAUUAUUCUUCCGCUUGACAUACCCAGUGUAAAUAAACCGGUCGCUGUAAUUGGCUGCGAUGUGCCUAAUUAGUCAGUUAGCUGUAGUUUGUGUUUUUAAGGGAGUACAUGGCAAAACCCAUGCAUAGCUGUGUGUAGGAGGAAAAUAUGUGAACGCCACAGCAGAAAUCUGUUCAAACAAGAAUCCCAGGUCUUUAAAAUGUUUUCAGUUAUUCUUAGAGUCAUUUACUAAUGUGCAAAUUGUCUGGAAUUUAAAGUCCAUUUUCAUAUUUUACACCAAAAUGAUGUAAUGGAUAACAUUUCCACAUUGGCUAUGUUCUCAAUUUUUCUAUUUUGGCCUAAAAUUUCAAAUUCUAUUUGAAAUCCCAACCGCUCUCACUUUUUUAUGUAAUCCCAAUAUGGACCCGUUCACUAUGCCUAGAGAGCCAUCAGCCAGAUCGCAUUGGUGAGGCAGAAGAAGGCCAACAUUUUGGUCAUACACUAUCAUUUAUGCAGAGGAGAUAGAUCUGACAUUUUGGAAAAGGGUCUCCAAAACAUUCACCCAUGAGAUGAAAAUUCUCAAAGUCUACAAAUCUGCUCUCAAAUACAUUUUUCAACAAAUUUAUUUACUAAGAGUUUAUAUUCUUCUCUGGAUAUUCUGGUGUAAUUGUGUUGCAGUAUAGAAAAUUGGGAUGGUUCUACUUGUUUAAAUUGUGACUCAAAUCAAGUAAGUUUUUUGCCUUGAAGGCUAAUGCAUGGGUAGCUAGUCAAAAGAUAAAUUCAUUUUAAUUCAUUAUUUAGUUUACAUAGGUGUCCAGUUACGACUACUAGAAAUUCUAAAUCACAUUAAAAACUUAUUUUUUUUCAGUAUUAUUGUUGCUUUUCGUUUAUUUUAGAAAAACAAUGACAUCUCCUAAUAGUUCUGCACCCUUUUCAAUGCAUCUGCAUUAAUUGAGCCAGCAAUUUUCUGUGUAAUAAACCAGAUCACUGUGUUGAGAGUCAAUGUUUUCUAAGAUAUUUUUGAAUUGCCCAUGAUUCAUACCAUGGACUUGAAUGAUGUUAAUUGCAUUGGCCAACAUUCUCGCCAAUCUCUUAGAUUUCAGAUCCUUUGUGCACAGCUGCUGUUGAUGUAUGGUACAGUGGCAAUUAAUCUAUUCCAUGUCACUGGUACCCUGAUGCUCUAUUAGCAAAUAUACAAUUUUUUUUCCAUUCUUGAUAUGAACCAGCCAUUGAUGGAGCCCCAUCACUGGCAAUACCCAGUGUCUCCAGAUCUUACUCAUACUGGGUUAUUCAGUACAGUGAAAAUCUAAAGUGAAUUGAAGUAUCUUUAAACUGAUUUGAAAGAAAAGUUUCACUCCUCUCUGGACCUGAUAAACCUUAUAAACCUUCACACAGACAUUCAGCUCAGUAGGCAGUCUCUUAAAUAUAUUCUUUGGCCUGCAAGUAACUGCUGCAGUUAUUCAUUUUUUUGUGUGGUCCUUCCCCUUCCAACUUUGAAAACUCAGAAUGCUUUGUUUCAUAGUGUCGUUUUGAUGUUGUAUUCUUUGCAGGCAGACACUGUGAAGUUACCUGCGAGGCAUGUUACAAUACCAUUGUUGUUCAAAAUACAGUACUUGAUUGUCCACGAAUCUGGGAAUUUCAGAUUCUCCGCUUUAACCUUUUCUUUUUAAGCACACUGGUUCAUAUGAAAUACUGAGAAGUGUGCUUGAAAUGUUUCACACGUGCACACAUAUCCUUUCAAUGCCUCUAGUUCUUUGAAAAAACUGAGUGACACAUUAGUUUCUACACAAUGAAGAAAGUCUUCAGGCGCUACAAUCAAUCCCUCAACCUUAAUUUUCUUCUUAUAUAACAUAUGUAUAACAUUCAGAAUGACAGGGGGGAGCGUAUUGGGGACUUUAACUUGUGGCUUGGUGAAUGGUGUCAGGAACAAGGAUUUGGCUUUGUUUAUCAUGAUAACUCUAUUUGGAAAAGAAUUGAACUGUACAAAAAGAUGGUUUGCAUCUUUCUCAAAAGGGAACCAGUUCUCAAUGAGCAGUUAAGAGGUUUUCCUAGGCGGUAUUUAAGCUAGGAGGGAGGGAUCCAAAGGGUGAUAAAACAUCAACCCAAUUGCCCCCUAAAACUAGGACAGAAAGUGUCUGUAGCAAGUGUGUUAAAAAAUAAUAAACUUAGAUUCAUGUCUUCAAAUGUUCGCAGUUUAGCGAAUAAGAUCCAUGAAUAAUGGCAACUAAAAAUGUAGAUUUAGUGAUUGUUACGGAGACAUGGUAUAAUGAGAAAAAUGACUGGGAUAUAGCAAUACCAGGGUACUCUUUUUAUAUAGAGAAGACCGGAAAGGGGGAGGUUGUCCCUCUAUGUGAAGGAUAGCAUAAAAUCUAACCUAAUAAAAGUUAGUGAGGCGAACAUAGAGUCCGUUUGGGUUACGUUACAAUUUGGUCAUCACACAGGAACUCGUGUAGGUGUGAUUUAUGGGCCCGUUGGAUAAUCUACUAGUUGAGGAGUUAGCUAAAAUGACAUUGAAGGGGGAACCGAUCAUCAUGGGUGAUUUUUAAUCUUUUUGAUCUGAAGUAAAAAAACAAUGCCAGGAGCACACAUAUUCUAAACUACCUAUUGGGUUUAUCUCGAAAACAAGUCGUUGAGGAGCCAAAUUGUAAGAUUUAAUGUUAACAAAUCUCAAUUUGUUAUAAGACAUUACUGUAGAUGAAAGCUUUGGAUCUAGUGAUCACCAGUCGGUGUGGUUUAAUGGAGCCCUAUAGGGUCAGGAACACAAACAUGUACUCCUGACCCUAUAGGGUUAAAACCACCAUCUAGCCACCCUGGUCCCCUCAUGCCUCCAUAAAUAUAGAAAUCUUACUUGUUUUCAAGUCUGGAGCUGCUUGCAUUGUCCCUGUUUCCUUUAGACCUGCCCACUGCCUGCUGACAUCAUCAGAAGUGGUAGACUGAUCCAAUCACAAUGAUUCCCCAUAGGAAUGGCUGAGACUGACAGAGGCAGAUCAGGGGCAGAGCCAGCAUGAUUCAAACACCGCCACGGCCAAUCAGCUAUGACCGCUAAUUGAAUCAAUGAAUCUCUAUGAGGAAAGUUCAGUGUCUGCAUGCAGAGGGUGGAGACACUGAAAGUUGGAUGCAUGUUAGGCAGCCAUGACCCAGGAAAGAUCUCUAACAGCCAUCUAAGGAGUGGCCAGUGAAGCUAUCACUAGGCUGUAAUGUAAACACUGCAUUUUCUUUGAAAAGACCAUGUUUACAGCAAAAAGCCUGAAGGUAAUGAUUCUACUCACCAGAACACAUUCAAUAAGCUGUAGUUGUUUUAGUGACUAUAGUGUCCCUUUACCAUAAGUAAAAUGUGAAGUGACUGAGUCACACCACACAAAAACAAAAGUUUUAGAUUUUAGAAAAACAGACUUUUCUAAAAUUAGAAUAUGCAGCAUAAAGGACUCAUUAUCAGACUUAAGUGUUUAAAUUGAGUACAGGAGAAAUGGGAUUCUUUAAAUUUGCACUUUAGAAGGCAACAGAAAAUCGCACUAUGCUUGUUUGUAAGCGUAAACAAUUUAAGAAACCACUGUGGUACUCUGCAAAAGUGGCCAAAACAGUAAAAAAACUAAAACUUAGCAUUUUAUUAAUAAAAAAAACAAACAAACAAAAAAAACAAAGUGAGGGAGACGGACAACUCUAUAAUAUUAGACAGAAAGAGGCAAAGCUAGUUAUAAGAGCUUCCAAAGCACACACAGAAGAGAAAAUAACCCAAUCAGUAAAAAAGGUGGAUAAAACACUUUUAGAUACAUAAAUGAGAAAAGGAAAGUAAAACAAGGAUUAGUUAGACUACAAGCAAUAGCAGGAAGGUAUGUAGAAGAGGAUGAAGGUCUAGCUGUUCAGUUUUAACAGAUGUUAUGUUAUUUAUAUAGUGACAACAAAUUCCGCAGCGCUUUACAGUGGGUGGACGAACAUACAUGUAGUUGUAAACAGACAAGUUGGACACACAGGAAUAGAGGGGUUGAGGGCCCUGCUCAAUGAGCUUACAUAGUUAUAGUUACAUAGCUGAAAAGAGACUUGCGUCCAUAAAGUUCAGCCUUCCUCACAUAUGUUUUUGCUGUUGAUCCAAAAGAAGGCAAAAAACAGUCUGAAGCACUUCCAAUUUUGCAACAAACUAGGAAAAAAUUCCUUCUUGACCCCAAAAUAGCAGUCAGAUGUCUCCUUGGAUCAAGCAGCUAUUCCCCCACUAAUUAGAAAUGAUAUCCCUGUAUGUUAUGUUUUUGCAAGUAUUUAUCCAAUUGCAGUUUAAACAUCUGGAUAGACUCUGACAAAACCACCUCUUAAGGGAGAGAAUUCCAUAUCCUUAUUGCGCUUACUGUAAAAAAACAAAACUUUUCUUUGCCUUAGAUUAAAUCUCCUUUCUUUCAGCCUAAAUGUGUGACCUCGUGUCCUAUGUAUAGCCCCGUUUAUGAAUAGAUUUCCAGAUAAAGGUUUGUACUGGCCCCGAAUAUAUUUGUAUAAUGUUAUCAUAUCCCUUCUCAGACGCCUUUUUUCCAAACUAAACAGAUUUAAAUUUUUUAACCUUUCUUCGCAACUAAAAUGCUCUAUUCCUUUUAUCAAUUUUGUAGCUCGUCUCUGCACUUUUUCUAGUGCCAGAGGGUGCUAGAGGGAGUGGGGUAAUGUGACACAAAAGGUAAGAAUAGCAUUAGACUAAUGACCGUUGCAAGAGAGGAAUGAGUCGGGAGCUAUUGACAGUUUAAUUGAUACGCUUUUAUGAAGAAGUGGGGUUUUAAAGAUUUUUUUUUUUUGAAGGAGUGGAGACUGGGUGAGCAUCUCACGGAGCAGGGAAGUGCAUUCCACAGUAACGGUGCAGCCCUCGAGAAGUCUUGAAGGCGAGCAUCAGAGGUGGGAGUACGAACAGAAGAUAGACGUAAGACUUCAGCUGAGCGCAAGGGCCUAGACAGGAUAUACUUGUGUAUUAGGGAGGAUAGAUAGGUGGGAGCAGCAUUAUGUAGAGAUUUGAAAGCAAGAAUCAGAAUUUUAAAUUGAGCCCUAUAUCUUACAGGAAGCCAAUGUAGAGACUGACAGAAGGGUGAGGUGUGGGCGGUACGGGCAGACAGGAAGAUGAGCCUCGCCGCCGCAUUCAAUAUGGACUGUAACGGCGCAAGUUGGGAGCAUGUAAGACCACUGAGAAGCGGAUUAACUAGGGUUGGAUGCAAUGUUUUUGAGAUGGAAACGACAGUAUUUGGUGACAGACUGAACAUGAGGCAUGAAGGAGAGGUCGGAGUCAAAGAACACCUAGGCAGCGAGCCUGCGUGGUGGAGCUGAUGAUAGCACCAUUGACUUGAAGGGAGACAAACACAGGAGUAGCAACACUUGAGGGAGGAAAGACCAGAAUUUCAGUUUUGGUCAAGUUGAGUUUUAGAAGUGGGCAGCCAUCCAGUUACAAAUAGCAGAGAGGCAGUCAGAGACAGUAUUUAUGAGGGACAGGGAGAGAUCAGGAGAGGACAGGUGGAUUUGCGUGUCAUCCGCAUAGAAAUGAUAUUGGAAACCAAAGGAGCUAAUGAGUUUACCAAGGGAGGCAGUAUAGAUAGAUAACAGUAGGGGACCAAGGACUGAACCCUGGGGAACACCAACAGAGAGGAGUUGGAGAGAAGAAGCAGAGCCAGAGAAAGAAACACUGAAAAACUAGCAAAACCGGUAACCGAUUUAUUUAACCAAUCAUUGUUAAGGGGAUUAGUCCCAGAAGGUUGGAAGUUAGCGAAUGGUAACAAGAAAGUUAGUAGGAGUCGGGCAACUAUAGGUCAGAAAUCACAUGGAUUUGAAAAUUAGAGACAACAUGGGUUUACGUCGGUAAGAUCAUGCCAAACUAAUCUUAUUGAUUUUUUUUUUUGGGGGGGGGGUUGUAACUACAAUAAUAGAUCAGGGUGGUGCAGUAGACAUUGCUUACCUAGAUUUCAGUAAGGCUUUUGGCACUGCCCAGCAUAGAAGGCUUAUCAAUAAACUGCAAUCUUUGAGUUUGGAUUUUUGUGCAGUGGUACAGUAUAGAUAUUGUAUUUUAUGAUAAGAGGAGCAAUUUCUUUUGCAUUGUAAUACGGGAAAAACAGCACAAUGCAUUACAGUUGUCGUCACAUAUAAAGGUAACAGUAGAAUCACAUUAAGUAUGUGCAUUUAAAGCUUAACUGACAUAAGUUAGGUAUGGUACAGGCUGUAGUGUCGAUAGUUAGGUGACCCAACUUACUCUUUGUGUUAGUAAGCUCCAUCACCCCGGAGGGCAUAUUAAUAACUAAGCAGCUGAGCAAUUAAAAUUAAAGAAAAGAAAACUACUUCAACUGAGAACGAUUAAAACAAUGGUGUAGAUAACACAGGUAAAUGGGUACAUGUAUGUCUCUGUUGUUGCCUCUUCCCGGAGCCGUAGAGAACCAGCAGGUGUAAAGAUCGCCACAUUAUCCACGUCCCAGCUAUGAGUAGAUUUGCUGCUCUUUGAGGCAGUGGCAGUUGUAAGUCCCAAAGACUUUAGAAAAGCAUCCUGUUCCACCGUGAGCACCCUUGGUGAGCCCCACCUAUAUGGGAUCCCUGCUUUUCGCAAAGGGGUUGUCACCUCUUUCAUGAAUGCCCGCCAUUGCAGCAUUGCUCUACUGAGGUCUUGGAAAAAUCUAAGUUCAUGUUGUUUGAACAGAAAUGGUGAUUAACUUUUUGUGGUGGCCAGGAAAGCCUCUUUGUCAGACCGUGCCCUGAAACUCAGAAUGACAUCUCUGGGAACCAAGGUUUUGUUGUUGGAGUUCCCUAGCAAGCGUUAAAUUCCCUCCAGCAAUACGUUCUUGGCCCGCUUGGGUGGUAGUGUGGCGGACAGUAGCCGUCUGAUAUAUUGUGGCAGCUCGCCUGCGUCAAUUGAGUCAGGGAUCCUCCUGAUUUUCAUAUUGCGUUGUCGUGUAACGUCUUCAAGCUGUCCCACAUUAACACUGAGCGCUGUGUAUGCGUUAGAGACCUCUUGGAGCUGGUGUGUAGUGGCGUUUUGCUGGGCGCCCAGGCUCUCUGAAUACUGUCCUCAGUGGCAUUGAUUCCUGCUAGACAGCGUGUUCAGAUCUGCUUUUAGCACCGCCAUUUCAGAGGAGAAGAAGGUUUUGAGGUCUGUUGUCAUCGUAAUGAUGUCCUAUUUAGUAGCCCACUGAGGUUCAGGUUUCCGUUUAAACAGAGCUUUCCUGCCUUGAGGCUGUGGCCGGAGCUCUGCUGGUUCCCCUGCUUCAUCCUCUGAUACUGAUGUGGAGCCAUGAGGUGAGUUCGGCAUCAGGUCAUCCAUUUUGGGCCUUCCUGAUUGUGAAAGUAGAAGCCCGAUAUCUUGGGUAUGCUCUCCCCCCGAGCCUCGGGACUUUCGGGAGUGUUUCCCAUUAUCUCUUGUGUCGAAUGGUGUCUCAGUGGGGGUGAAAGCAGCUGUGAUGCGGGUCUAAUUGUCGAAUAUCUCCUCUGCCUUGCUGGAGCUCAGGAGACAUGCCAGGUCUCGUUAUCUUUAGGGUACCUCAAAGAUCUGUACUUGGACCAAUUCUCUUCAAUAUUUUUAUUUGUGAUAUUGCAGAAUGUCUUUUUUAGGUAAACUAGAAAAAUAAGAGCUUUGGCAACUGACAUUUAAUGUGGAUCCGUUCAAGAUAAUACACCUUUUGGUGUAAAAACCCAAGGGCAGAGUAUAGAGUAUUUGAUACAGGCCUAACCUCAAAAUUGGAGAAAAGGGAUUUAGGUGUAAUUAGUUCAGAUGAUUUAAAGGUAGGCAGACAAUGUACUAGAGCAACAGGAAAUGCUAGCAGAAUGCUUGGUUGUAUAGGGAGAGGUAUUAGCAGAAGAAGUGCUCAUGCCAUUGUACAGAACAUUGGUGAAACCUCGCUUGGAGUAUUGUACGCAGUACUGGAGACCGUAUCUCCAGAAGGAUAUUGAUACUUUGGAGAGAGUUCAGAGAAGGGCUACUACACUAGUUCUUGGAUUGCAGGAUAAAAUUUACAAGGAAAGUUUAACAUGUAUAGCUUGGAGGAAAGACGAGACUGGGUAAUAUCAUAGAAACAUUUAAAUAUAUGAAGGGAAUCAACAUAGUAAAGGAGGAGAGUAUAUUUAAAAGAAGAGAAACUACCACAACCAGAGGACAUAGUCUUAAAUUAGAGGGGCAAAGGUUUAAAAAUAUUUUCAGGAUUUAUUACUUUACUGAGAGGGUAGUGGACGCAUGGAAUAACCUUCCAGCUGAAGAGGUUACACAUUGAGGGAGUUUAAACAUAUGUGGGAUAGGCAUAAGGCUAUCGUAGAUAUCAGAUAAGGCAGAGGACUAAUGAAAGUAUUUUGAAAAUUGGGCAGACUAGGUGGCUCGAAUGGUUCUCAUCUGCCGUAACAUUCAUGUUUCUAUAUGGCACAACGCGGGAUGGAGAAAGCUGCAGAGAGCAAAGAAAAAAGAUGCCUUCUUUGCGUUCCAGCACCGCAAACCAUCCAUGUAACUAACCCAAGAUGGCGCAAACAAAGAGCAAGAAGGAUAGAUAUGUCAUCCAGAUCACCUGUUCAGUCACGCAAGCCAUAUUGCAAACUCUUCCGGACAAUAUGUCCACAAUACCAUUUUCUACAAGAAAUAGGAUCCCGCACAUGCCACCUGGAUGGAGAAAUUCAGAGCCCCACAACAGCUUGGCAGACUGGGUCAAACAGCUGAAAGCCUAGUUGAAGUGUGAGAACAAGAUUAUAUACAUGGAAAAUGUCUUGAAAAAAUACCCUUUGUAUGCGGGGUAUUCCAGAAGCAGUGGAUCCUUUACUUACCUUCCUUAACAACUUACCUUCAUGACUUAUUCCAGUCUCUGGCCCCUGACAUUCCAUCUGACCUGCUGAUGGUAGACAGAGCACACAUGGUAAUGAAAAUGAGACUCCUACUGAGCAUGGUGCCCAGAGAUAUGCUGGUGCGAAUCCACCACCAUCAUGUGAAGGAGUCACUGCUGAGUUUCAGCAGGGCCAAGAGAGAACUUCUGGAUGCUUACAAAGAAGUGGUGUAUGCAGGCUAGUCUGCAGCAACCUUGAGUCGAUGUAAGGCCUUCAGAGAGACAACAAAGGUACUGCUCUCCCAUCAGAUGUCCUACAGGUGGGAAUUUCCUGUGAGUCUCCUAGUAUUUAAAAACUGAGAAAUUGUGCCUAUAUAAUUUCCGGCGAAGGGAGCCACUUGCUCCGUUUUUGGGGAACAGUGUCACCUCCUAUGUGUCCAUCGCUGUGUUCCAAUUUACAACCAGAAUGGAAACUGUCCCUGAUGUACUGGUUUGAGCCUUUUGAUGCAGAGAGGUUAUGUUUUAUUUUUGUUUGCUAGGUUAACUAAUGUUUAGCAUUGUGAUUGUAUGUCUACACUUGCUUAUUAAGAAUCCCCCACAUAGGUGAUCUAUCGCUAAGCUCAUGACAUAAGAGUGUACAUAACUAGGCCCCAUGAUCUAGACAACGAUCAGUUGUAUAGACAAAAAGGUAACACGAGAACAUGCCGACAUAAAUUCCAUAAAUUAAUAGACCUACUCCUAUAUAAUCUAAGCAGGAGUCACCAAAUAAGCAAUGUAUCAAUACCCCAUUGACAAGUAAGGGAGUGUUUGGGAAAAAUGCAAUAAGUGGGUGCAUGCAUAAACAACACAUAUAAAACUAGUUGGUAGGAGCAAAGCUAAUUUAGCCAUUAGGCGAUGAAGGUGGCCAUCUAGGGUCUGUGCGAAGACAGGGGCCUGGAACGCUGGCCCUGGAUGUGAAGGGGCUCUCAUUGGGCUGGUGUUUUAUGAAAAUCUAUUUCCCUGUGGAAAUCAGUUUCCCUCCGUGAUCGUUGAAAUAGAAUUUCAUAUAGCACUGACAAGGAGAUGAAAAGAUCCCUCUGCUUGGCCAUCACUUUGCUGUUUUUUCCCUCUAGGAUGUAUAAGGAUUUUAUAAGGAUUCUUUGCAAAAAGGUUGGUGUUUGUGGGUUAGCAGCAGCUGUUAUACAAGUUUGGAAACCAGUCAGAAAACAGUCUCUAAGUAGCGGUUAAAUGAACACUAUAGGGUUUGGAAUACAAAUGUGUAUUCCUAACGCUAUUGUGCCAUGUUGGGCGUUUAGGGGACCGGCUCCCACCUGCAGGGAGGAAAAAAAGAGUAUGCAUGCAUUGCAAAACACCACUCUGCACCAAUCAGAUGGCCUCUGUGAGGACAUCUGUUAGAAAGAGCGGAGGGGGGAACGGGACAGGACACCUGGCACUCAGACCAUUUCAUAUUUCUUACAUUAUGACUUUUCAGUGUAGGUAUCUCAGAUAGAGGAGGGGAUCUGGGGUUAUUGUAAUUAUGUAAAAUAAAAAAAAAUAUAUACACUUAGAAUAUUUCUCUAUAUUGUUUGCAAAACAAUUCUCGAACAAUUAUUAGAUCACAUUUCUGUAUUGUCCAAACUUGUGCACUAGUACCUUUUGCAGUUGGAAACAUCUUAUAAUUAAGCACAGAUCCUAAUUGUGCCACAACUGUGACAUUUUCUUCCAUUGUGCUGAGACUUGUGCUGUGAGGUUGUGUUUCUCAUACAUACAACACAGUUACAGGAUUAUUAAUUAACUAAACUGAGAAUUCAAAGUGAAUUUCAAAUUUAAGGCCAAAGUAGCUGAACUGGAGGCAGAACUAAAUUGGAGAAAGUUCAGAUAUUUUGUGCUCAAAUUUGAAAUUCAGUUUAUAAUCUUGUACUCGUUGUAUUCCGUUACCUUUGUGUCAGUAGAAACAAGCUUUUAACUUUAAAGCUACAUUUUAUAGCUACAAAAUGAGAAAACCGCGAACAUGCUUUAAACUGGAUACUUAGAAAACAUUCCAGCCAAACCCACUCUGUAGUUUAUUGUAAUUAAACACUGUAAAUUAGGCUUAAAGAGGCACUGCUUCACCCUGCAGCCAGAUCCUUCGAUAAACAAUAUAAUUAUGAAAAAUGAUUGAAAUUCUCAAUCAAACGUGAACCUUCUCAAAGUGAAUUUUGAUACUUUUCAAGGUAAGGAAGAGAGUUGGUAAAGUACAAACAUAUGGAUUUCUGUAACGAGCUCCAGAGCCUGCGCUUGAUUGAUCCUUUCUACAACACAGUCUCAAUAUCUCAAUUAACCCUUCGUUUAACAGGAUGAGCACCGACUGCUCUUAAAAUCGGCUUAUGAACUCUUUCUAGAACGGAGCAGUAAAAAAACAACCAAAAAAAAAAGUAACCAUUCGUACAUUGCAUUAAAACCUUCCUAUAACAAAGUAAGACCUUAUACUCUUUCUCAUUAUACUUCUCUAUCAUUCUGAAGAUCCAUUUAAUGUUUGAGACAAUACUUUAGGUGAGAGAUUGAAAAUGUGCUCUCACUGUCAGGGUUAUUAAAGGACCACUAUAGUGCUGGGAAAACAAACUAGUUUUCCUGGCACUAUAUAGUCCCUAGGUCCCCCCCAUCCUCAGGGCCCCCCUCCCGCUGGGUUAAAACCCCUUCAGCCACUUACCUUAAUCUAGCGCCGGGCUCUUUCGGCGCUGGUGACCUCUCGUCCCCCUCUGACGUCAGCUCCCGAGUGGAGCAGAAUGCUCAUGCGCGUCCAGAGCCUCAAUACUCAAUUCCUAUGGACGUUCUACGUCGCGGAAGCUCCUCUAGCGGCUGUCAGGAAGACCACCACUAGAGGCUGGAUUAACCCUGCAAUGUAAACAUAGCAGUUUCUCUGAAACUGCUAUGUUUACAGCUGCAGGGUUAAAACUUGAGGGACCUGGCACCCAGACCACUUCAUUGAGCUGAAGUGGUCUGGGUUACUAUAGUGGUCCUUUAAUUUUUAAGGUAAAAAUUGCUGAGCCGGAAAAAUUCUCAAAGUCCACUAUGCUUUUAGUUCAGCUACUCAUGCCUUCAAUUUGAAGUUCAUUUUGAAUUCUCACUUUAGUAACUAACACUGUAUUUCUUUAUAUAAAAUCUAUUAUAUAAUAUUUUAGGUUGGUUAUUGGCAUUUUGUAGAUAUUACCUGUGAUCUAUUAAGAUCUAUCUCUACCUCUCUGUGUCCUUCAUGAGGUCUGCUUGCUAGAAUUCGACACGUACAGUGACAAAUCUGUAUAGUACCACUCAUACCUCGUGGUGUGCCAUUGGAGAUUUGUUUAGUAUUACUGAACACAAUACUCAUAGUGCCCGGCUAUAGCUUUUAUAAAAUCAUGGGACACAAUACAUUUACUUUUUUUUAAUUUUUGUAACUUGAGGAAUGUUAAGUCUUGAAAUUUUAACCAUCUAGGGUAAUAUUUAAAGUUGUCCACUAGGUGGGGUGCUAAUACCAUGAAACAAGGUUUUGAUCUCCAAUUGAUUUAUUUUUCACAUUUAGUGUUUAAAUUGAAUUGUGCAUCUCUCUUUUAAUGUGGGAAUGUAACUUUCUGACAGAAGUAGGCCAAGUACAUGAUGGUUCCAGAUUUUGGUAACCGAGAGGAACAAAGAGCUGAAUUGUAUAUCAGUGAUGUGGCGGUCAGUAAGAUUUCACGUGCAAGACCAAUUAAAUAAGAGCCAAAUGUUAGCAAUCCAUUACAGACAAUAUUUCACAAAUCAUGGUCCUGAGAAGAACACUCCAUGGUCAGAACAUACCAGAUGUCAAACAGGCCUAGUAUAACUAUUGUGCAAGCAUUGUUAUCCUGUUGGUUCCUCGACCUGUAUGAAAGCUAAAUAGCAGUGUUACUAAGAUGCCUCAACACCUUAUCUCUAACUGGUGGCUGGUGUGGUAUAGAAUCCUGGCUGAGAACAUUGAUAUGACGUGAGCAGUGCCAUGCCCCUUCUAAAACAUGCAGCUUCUGCAUUUGUAGCAAAUGGAAAAAUACAAAAGUCUAUAGUAUGUAGUUUCUUUUAAAGCAAUGUAUAAGAAAAAAAAACUGGUACGUUCUGUAUAACUGCAACAUUCAAAUAUUUAGAGGAUCCAAAUAUAGAAUCUUGGGUAGAUGUCCUCUUGGGAGGCUUUCCUUAACAGACACCUGUGUAACAUACUGUGUCACACAUUCCAAAAGGCAAAUUAACAUUCUCAUCCCAAAUUGGACAGAUGGAAAGGUAUAAUUUGUGAAAACAUUUUAUCUUGAAAUGACACUCUUGACAGUCGGAUUUAAAAUUAAUAACUGAUACCCUGUACACAUUGCUCUUCCAAAUGGAUAAUUGUUGGUAGAUGUAACGCCCCUAUUUAUAACUAUUGCCAAAAAGGAAUACACACAUUUCACGAGAAUCACAAAUUACGUUGAUGAUCCAUUUAGAUUCAGAUUUGCGUAAACUUAAUCUAUAUACUGUAAAGGUGAAAAAACAAAAAACAAGUGUGUGUGUGUGUGUGUGUGUGUGUGUGUGUGUGUGUGUGUAUAUAUAUAUAUAUAUAUAUAUAUAUAUAUAUAUAUAUAUAUGUAUGUAUAUAUGUAUAUUAUUUAUAUAGUGCCAACUUAUUCCGCAGCACGUUACACUUCCAAAAUUCUGAUAUUUGACAACAAGUAAUUAACAUGCAGAAAAAAACCUAGACAAGAGAUGGAGAAGGCCCUGCUCAAAUGAACUUACAAUGUGAGGAAGAGAUAAAGACACAAGAGAAAUAACAGCAUGUCAGAGGGGAUAGGGAUUGAUAAGAUAGCGGUGUUGAAAUAAGCCGGUGAAAGUGGUGUGUGGAGUGGUGUGUAGAAGAACCGAACAGUGGCAGGAGAUAGAGUGAGCUGGGCUGUGGAAGCGAGGGAAGUGAUGAGGGCAGUGGAAUGAGAGAAAUGUCACACAGGAAGAUGUAAGAUUUCCUAGAGGUGUGUUUUCAGUGACCUCUUAAAAGACUGAAGACUAGGGGAGUCUCUGAUGGUAUGGAGAGGAACGGGGCAGCCCUUAAAAAAUCCUGCAGAUGAGAGUUGGCAAUUCAGGACCAAGCAGAUGUCAAGAGAAGGUCAUUUGCAGAGCAAAGGGAAAGAAAAUGGGAAUAUUUGUUGAAUAAAGAUGAAAUGUAGUGAGGAAUGGAGUUGGUGAGGGCUUCGUAAGGCAGUGUAUCAGGAGUGCGAGAUCCAACACACAGAGUAUAACCUCGAAGUCCUUAAAGUCACCAGGCUUUACUUAAAACCAGACAGAUAAUGGUCCGAGACAAACCAGGUACAGGGACUCCAGAACCAGGAGUAUGAGAGACAAUAGCCAAGUCAAGGAUUAAAGAGAGGAGAAUAGACAGGAUAAACCAACAUCAAAACCAGAGAGACAGUACUAAUAUGUGUGUGUGUGUAUGUAUAUAUAUAUAUAUAUAUAUAUAUAUAUAUAUAUAUAUAUAUAUAUAUAUCUCUCUCAACAAGCUAUUGAGACCAAAAAGAACCCAAAAGGGCAGAGAACAAAGCCCGGACCACCUGUUUAUAUUGUGGCUCAUUAUGUAAAUAGCCAUGCCCCCAAAACUCAAAACAUGAGGGGUCUCCAAAAUUGAUGCAAAGUGACAACAUCAAUGCACAUUCAUUGCCUCAUAAACAGCUUCCGGUGUCCUGACUGCUGUGGAAAUCGGGCGAGGCAUGAGGGUUAAGGCUGCCUGCAGACCUCCGGGAGGGCAUUCCUAAGAAGUCCGUAGGCAAGGUACCUUGACUAGUGUUGGCAGUUUGAAUUGGAUCCUCAUGGGCACAGGAAGCCAAUGUUAUGAUUGGCAAAGGGCUGAGGUUUGGGAGUAGCGGUUGAUCAGUAAGAUGAGCUUGGCAUUACAGACCAAAAAGGAGCGAUGCUGUUAUUUGGAAGGCCGAUGAGUAGUGAAUUGCAAUAGUCAAGUCUGGAAAUCAGUGCAUGAACAAGUGCCUUAGUUGUAUCUAUGUUGGACAAGGGCGAAUGCGAGAAAUAUUUUUAAAGUGAAAGCUACAGGAUUUAGAGACAGACUGGAUGCUAGGAGACCUUAAGGGGUUUGGAUAAAAGUGGUCCCAUUGACUUGCAGGGAGAUUGAUGGGGAUGACUAUUUAAUGGGAGAAAGCUGAGGAGUUCAAUUUUAGAAAGAUUAAAUUUGAAAAAAAACAGGAAGAUAUCCAGUUAGCGAUGGCAGUUUGUGACCUGUUGCAGGAGAGCGUUCAGGGGGGGAGAGAUAAAUCUGAGUAUUGUCAGCAUAUGGAUGGUACUGAAAUCCAAAGGAGUUAAUAAGGUUACCGGCAGUGUAGAUGGAGAGAGGAUCAAGAACAGAGUCUUGGGGAACACCAACUGAGACAGACAACGGGAAGGAGAAGUUUAGAAACCUUUAGCUCUGAGACAGGGAAAGGAGAUAAGAGGAAGAAGGUAUAGAAUGGAAACAGAGUUUUGGAGGGGAAGAGGAAAGAGAGAAGACUACAUUUCUUAUGUCUUUCUUGUCCGUAAAGGAACAAGCAAAGUCAAUAGCUGAGAGGUUACUUAUCGGCGAGGUCACGGUGAGGCAAAGUAGUUAUUAAAGGUUUGAAAGAGGCGUUUGGGAUCACGAGAGUAGGUGGAGAUGAAAGAGGUAAAAUACUCUUGCUUGGCAAGGGUGAGGGACAGAAGUAGAGGGACAGAAGUAUAGGAACUCGGCAUGAAUUUAAAUGUAGAAAGUCCGGUGUGAUGCAAUACUUUCUUCAACAACGUUCUGCAAUACGGGAGCAUUGCUGAAGAUAGUGGGUGAGCUUGCUGUGCCAGUGUUGAAGGUAAGGCUCAUGCCUCGAGUGAGCUUUGAUUAGUGCAGCCAUAUCUAGAGCAGUAGACCGGUGAGAAUUACAGUAGGUAGCUUGAGAGGGACAGGAGAGCGUUGAGAGGGGUUUAAGUGGAGACUGGAUAGAGGAAGAGAAGUGAUGUAUAUCUUAUGAUGUAAGUGAGCAUAGUUAUCUGGUAGCCGGAGAUAAGCUACAGUCAUGAGAAAAAGAAAACACUUCCUCUCCGAACCUCAUGACUCCAGAAAUCAGGACCAAACCAUAAUCAUUUGUUCCUUAGCAGGUCCUAAAACCAGACAAACACAACCUCAGUUAAAAAAGAAACACAACCUAAGAUACUGCGCAGAACCCUCAGACUACCAGGCCUCUGGCACAGGACCCGAAAAUGAGGACUAUAUAUACCACCCAGAAGGAUAAUAAAUAUUAUAUAUAAACAAUAUAUUAUCCUCCUUGGUGGUAUAUAUAUUCCUCAUUUUUGGGUCCUCUGCCAGAGGCCUGGUAGUCUGAGGGUUCUGCGCAUUAUCUUAGGUGAUCCUAGAGCUGCACUCUUCUGGACAGAGAUCUCAGAUGUCCUACCUGGAAUCUGUUGAAGCAACUCCCCCAACUUGGAUGUCACAGCCCUGAGUGCUUCUACCAACAACUGUGACUACUAGUUCCUUCACUUUCCACAUCCUUUCUAGCUCUUCUUUUAGUCCUUGAUAGUGAUGUCCCGAACAGUUCGCCGCGGACGGCGAACAUAUGCGCUGUUCGGUCCGCCCCCUAUGUCAUCAUUGAGUAAACUUUGACCCUGUACCUCACAGUCAGCAGACACAUUCCAGUCAAUCAGCAGCAGACCCUCCCUCCCAGACCCUCCCACAUCAGUGAUGUUACUACCGUAGAAGAUUCUGGGUGGGCAUAUGCAAAUUAGUAACACAGACUUCAGGUGGAAGGGAUUUUCAAUCACAAUUCCCCCCCCCCCACCAUAACUGUUUUGGUUGUUGCUUUGCAAUUACCUCCAAGCCUCAAAGCUAUCCAGUGACCAACCUCACGCUGAUGAUUUGCAUUAACAAUGAAACCGCUGUCCAUAAGUGGUUCACUGGCUUUGCAUCUUUUCCUAAGUUGUGUUUCAAAACUGUUGUAUACAGCAAACACAGACUCCAUGACUCCAUGUUUAAAAUGUAAUGAGGCAAAGAUUCUUUGUUGAACCAAUUUGCAUAUGCCCACCCAGAAUCCUUUGCUGUAGUAACAUCACUGCAAAUUUGUGGGAAAAGCAAGUCUUAUGGCUUGACUGCUGUGCAGAUUUUUGUUUUAACAUUGUGUGUGUGUGUGUGUGUGUGUGUGUAUAUAUAUAUAUAUAUAUAUAUAUAUAUAAUUUAUCAAAACAUUAAAAAAUAUAUCUCCCUGUAGACUUUGUCCAUAUGCAGCUUUACUCCCUGGUCUGGGUAAAAUGACUCCUCCCCCCUAACCCUCUCACCUCACAAUAAUGCUGACCGUAUCCUGCAAUUCUUGACACCAAAGUGCGCACUCGGUUUUAUGGAAUGUGAACAAUAUGACCAUGUCACUAAGUAGGGGGGGCAACACUAGAGUGUGUUUCCUGCUAUGAAGAUGGCAUGGAAUCAAAGCCCAGUAAGGUAUUUGUAUAAAGUGGAAAAUAACCUUUCAUCCAUAUAUUUCCUAACACAUAUGUGUCAUUCGUUUGCUGUGAAUGCCCAGAAAUUGAAAUGUUUAAAAUGAGGUCUGCUGAAUGCUUUCUGCCAAACUAGGCACUACCAAUUGUUUUAAUGUUUUAAUAUCCUAUAAACCCCAGCUUUAGCAAGAAAUAAUGUUGGGAAACACGUUUAUGAUCCGAUGGAGACUAACAGGAGCAGCCAAUUGAUUUUGUUUAGAUUUUUGGUGACCUGCUCUUCACUGUUAUAUAGAGGUUUCUGGGAAACAUACCUCUGGGCUUUUGGGAAGAUGGACUUGUACAAUAACUUUCUUCUGUAACAAGAAGAGAAGGCUGUAGAGCUAUGGGGUAUCCAUAACAUCGGGAAAAAAAUAUGCAUUAUUAUUCAUAUAACUAGCAAUGAGUGUGAUUUUUGUCGGAUACCUUCUCCCAAAAUUAAGUUUUUUUUUUUUUGUUUUGUUUUUUUUUUUGUUUUUUUAGGAUGGGAUUAACCAUUGUAUGUUUGCGUAAGGAAUAUAUACAUUCGGGUGACUCUUUUGGGACUUUUCAGUCUCUUUUAGGACUUUCAACCUAGGUGGCUUAAGAUCUCGAUGAUAGAUUUAAGAACUGAAUACUUGGGAAUUUUGGAGAAGCAGUUAGACAUAGAAAAAUGUGUCAGUCACACAUGUAUUAAUUUACUGGCACUUUGUUUCCAUGAUUGUCUGUGUGGAAUAAUUAAAAUCUGCUUGUUUAUUUCCAUUGUAGAACAAGCUAUACAUGCACUUAACGAACUACUCGGUUAACAAACACAACGAGAACUUUGAACGGGAUGAGACUGAGAAUCGCGGCAGCAAGAGAUCUAUCAAAUGGUUCAUGGAGUUCCUGCGUUCCAACGACCAUGACGUGACAAAGUUCUGGAAUGACGUUUCCGUAAGCAACAGUUUUUUGUACCUUUUCAUAUACUGAUUUUUUUUUUUUUUUUUUUAUGUUCCAUUUGAAGAAUUGUCACUUUGGAUCCGAUGAUACAUUCUAAUAGUUACAUGCUUUUAGUUUUUUUUAAAAAUCUCUCCAUGUUUAAUGGAUUUCGAUUUGUAGUAAAAACUAAGUUAUAAUGGCGAUGUCUGGCAUCCAGUGUAAUAUCCACAUGUCCCUGUGAAUAGCCAAUAGGUAUUCCUCUUCGUUCAAUAUUUUCUGUAUUUUCAGUUAAACAUUAGGGAAUGUUUGAUUGUUUAGUCCAAUAUUUCACAGAGGUGGAAAAAAGAUGCAAUAAGGAGAACUUGGUCUCAUGUUCGCUUGUGAUUUUGCUUACGUUUGAGCCUCAAGUUUUUUUAAUUAUUUUAAUAUUUUUGAUAUCUUUUAUAUGUGAUUUUCCUAUAUAUAUAUAUAUAUAUAUAUAUAUAUAUAUAUAUAUAUAUAUAUAUAUAUAUAUAUAUAUAUAUAAUCUCUCUCUCUCUCUCUCUCUCUCUCUCUCUCUCUCUCUCUCUCUCUCUCUCAAUAAUUUGGAAAGUGUUUCGAACAGUAUUGAGUCAUUUGGAAAGCUGAUUAAAUAAGAACUAAGUCAGUUACAACAAUGCCCAUCAAUUGGAGAAUCAUUUGUCAUAAUACUUAAAUAUGCUAUACAGUACAUGUUCCAUCAGACAAAGACCUAGCAUAUUUAAAGAGAUGCCCCUCCUCUGAAAUUUAUAUAUUAGGGCUCUAACACGUUCUUGCUAGACACACAACUCAAGAAAUGAGCACUUUAACUUGUUUACUAUUCUAAACAAGGUGUCCUAUCCCCAUCACGCAAACUAUGAAAUGAAGUCUCUAGCACACAAUUCAUGAUCGGAUCACUCUAGCUUGUCAAAAGAGCAACUGUGGUGCGCAGUGCAGUAUGGAAACCAUAUAUCAGGCCUGCCCAAUAGGCAGAUCCCCAGAUGUUGUAGAACUCUCAUGAUGAUUUGUCAUUCUAAAGGAAUGCAACGCAUCAUGAGCAUUGUAGUUCUACAACAUCUGGGGAUCUACCUAUUGGGCAGCCCUUCCAUAUAUCAUUAUUUAUGUGGUCAGGCAGCCAUACUGACAAAUGGUUCUCAUGUUAUUUUAUUGUUUUCCAAUAGGAGUUGGUUGUAAAGACUCUGAUUGUAGCUGAACCCCAUGUCCUUCAUGCAUAUCGUAUGUGCCGUCCAGGACAGCACCCCACCAGUGAGAGCGUCUGCUUUGAAGUAUUAGGAUUUGACAUUCUUUUGGACAAAAAAUUGAAGCCUUGGCUCCUGGAGGUAAGAUUAAUGCCAAAUAACCUCAGUAAGUCAGAAUCAGCUACACUUCUGAUCACUGAGCAUAAAUUGCUCACAUGAGGAUAAAGAAAUGGCUGCCUUUGUUGCUCUGAAAUGCAAAAAUCUUUGAAAGAAAAAUAGAAAAAAAUAUAGAAAUAAUUUAGAAAAUGAUAAACGCAAGUGAGAAAUCAAGUAAGGCAAAUAAAGAGAUGGUCAGGCUAGAUGAAACUUAAUGGGUCUUGGAAAAGAUGCACAAGUGCAUUUGGUUACGGUCUAAUGCCUCUGUAAAAAUGUGACUGGAAAUACAGGUUUUCACUAGUAAAGAAGCAAAGUAUGAAAGCAGUUUAUUUUGACCUUGUUAUACUCCGUGCUAGAUCAGUUACUAUGAACCAAUGUCUCAUUGGAGUAUCAUUCAAGAUCAAAUAAGAUACUUCCAGUGAAACUAUCACUAACAGAUGUUUGCAUAGUUGAAUGGCUAACUAAAAGUUAGCAAAGUGUUGUGCUGCCUUUCUUAGAUUCUCAGUAGUGCAAUGUUUUCACUUGCAUACCAUGUCUGACUGUCAAGGCAGAGUAAGGGCAUGCUAUGUGAAUUAAAUUAACCUCCACAAUGCCAUACACAAAGAUCCAAGUAUGCAGAAAUAUUGAAGGAUUUAGUUGUGCAUGUGAUCAUUUGGCUUUUUUGUGCCUAUGAUCACAGGAGCACACUUAAAGCAUAAUGGAUCACAAUGUGACUUAACACAGAUGUACUGCAGAGGGCCGUAAGUUUAUUAUUUUUUUUACUUGACUCUGCAACACUACCUAAGUAAAUUGUGGCUAAUUUAAAAUUCUAGACCAAUAUAACUGCAAUAGAAACAUUCUCCAAAUCAGCUAUGCUAUUGGUUCUACAAUUUAUACCUUAAAGUGUAAAUUAAUUUGAAUUCCAAUUAAUUCACACUUUAGUGGAUUACCCUGUGAAUCUUGUGUAGGAUUGUAACUGUAGCAAUUAAAUGAGAAUAUGCUGACAUGUGCACUGCAUCUUUUUAGGCAUCUGCUCACACACAUGGGCACCAUAUUCCCAGAAAUCAGAGCAAGAAUAACCAUAAUCUGACCUUAGGCAGCCUCCAAGGGCCCAGGGUUUGCCAGGGGCCCCAGAACCAUAUAUUUACUUGGUCCCAUUUACCAUCUCUAUGUAAAGAAUGAAUUUGGGUCCCAAACUGAAAACUUCCUAGGACCCCGUGCAAGUGGUACUUGGAAAAGUUAUUGAUGGGAAGAUGGUUAUUUUCAUUGAUGCUGAUUACUGCUGGGAUCCAUUGCUCCUCUGCUAAUUCCCUGCUUGCUUUUUAUUUUCCAAUUUAUUGAUUCAAAAUCAUAUUUCAAUUUUAAAUGCAUAGGUUUGGCUUGAGGAGUACGAUUCUAUUACGGUUGUAAAGUUCUAGACGAAACCAAGUCUUGUAAAGUUAUUCUUCGAAUUUAGCUAGUGUACACAUUAUAUAAACUAAAUGUAAUGAUAUUGAAAGGCUUAUUGGUAAAAUCACAAAAUUUCUCAGUCAGAUUACCAUUAUGUUUGCCUUGUCCAUACCAGGAAGAUUGUGCCGCUAUAUCUAUCAUAAUAGUUCUGUCUGCUAGCUAUGUUCUCACCAGUCUAAUACCGUAAUUGCUCACACUUUUCCAUGGCGUGAUUAGAGACCGAACACGCUGCUUACAUUUUUUUUUUUUAAAUAUGAUUUUUAUUAAUGUAUUUGCAACGUAUUUUCAACAAAAAUAGGCAAGGGGUGGGGGUAUGGGACUCGCAGGUCCCUGGAAACAACAACAUAAAGUAUUUGCUUUUGGGCUCGCAGGCCCCAAUGAACGAUGCGGACUCGCAGGUCCCAUGCAUUCCAAACAGCUAAUAAUGAGUACCUUUGUCCCAUGUGUUGCGCUCUUUUUCUUUUUUUUUUUUCUUUUUUUAUUUAUAUUGAUAAUUUGUUACAGUUUUUAUUGCAUAACAUGUGAAUAGAUUGGUGGGAACUCGUAGGUUUUCGACCUGCUUUACAUUAUUAGGUCUUGUGAGGUGCCUAGAUUCUCAUGAGCAAGGCAUAAAAUAAGAUACGAAGGUCCCUAGGUAUCCUAGUCAGAUGGCUCAUAACUUGAAAACGUAAACUAUCAAAAGAAAACUAGUAUCGAGUGGACAGAUAGAGGAGCACAAAACAUUGUGUUCCGAUAAAGUAAUGUCAGUUUGUCGUGUAACAUGUCUGAGUUGCGGGAUUACGGCCGUCAGGCCGUCCCUAAUUCUGUCUGCAGUCGCUUGCCGGAGUUCAGGUGGUGAGUGUAGUAGCGUGUGGGUACCCUAAGCCGUUAGAUGUCGGCGUGUGUGUGUGUGUCCGUGUGGUUGGGGGAGGACCGUGUCCCUUCGUUUGUGGGGUGUAUUGACUUAGCUUCCCUGUGUGGUUAUCGGGUAACAUGUGAGGGUAACGUUCUGCUUUGACCCUGGUAGUUUCUUUGAUGUGGCAUGUCAUGUGUGGUGAAGCUACUAGAGUCAGGGUAAGUAUAUCUUCUUGUGUGUGUUCCCCUUGUCCAGGCUGUUGGCACACCGUGACCCGGUCGUUGGGGUCUUUUUAACCUUAGGGUAUGGUACGUGCGCCGCGUUGUCACCCAUGAACGUCUGUUUGUUUUAGUAUGUUCUAGAGGUGGCUUGUGUGUAUAUUCAUGUUGAUCGAUUCCCUUAAUCCUCCCCAAGUGGUCGGGUCCUGUAUGCCGGUUAGUGGGCUUGCUCCCCUGUGUCUGGUCGGUCAUGUGGUGGUUUUCCUUGUGGGUGUUCCGUCUUGUGGCAGGCGUGCGCGGCCCCUACCUCACCCCUGCCCCCGCUCCGCCGGCGUGGCCGCCCGCACCCCCGGUCUCCCGUCUCUCGGCAACAUGCCCCACCCACGGCCCCCAUCGUUCCACGUAUUUUUCACUUUGUCCCAUGAGAGACGCCCUCAUCUUUUCUGCGGAGCGGAUCUCCUCAACUCUGUCGUACCAUUGGGUUAGCGUUGGUGGCUGUGUCUGUUUCCACAUCGCGGGUAUGAGUGCUUUAGCUGCAUCCAGCAUAUGUCGCAAUAUGGAUUUUUUGUAUUGUGAGAUUGGUUGUGGGGUCGAGUGUAGUAAGUAUUGUUCCAUGUUGAGGGGGAACGGUUCUCGGAGGAUCUCAGUAAUUUUUGUGCUGAUUUGGGACCAGAACGGCUGUAUGAUUGAGCAGUUCCACCAAAUGUGGCUGAGGGUACCUUCCUCCUCUCCACACCUCCAGCAUAUGGAUGGGACAUUGGGAAAUAUCCUAUGAAGACGUGUUGGGGUUUUGUACCAUUGUGAUAAGAGUUUGUAAUUGACUUCUUGAUAUCGGGUGCCGCUGCUUACAUUUUAUCCAUCCCAUAUCCGUACUUUUAAUUAUGCAUGUUGACACAAUGAUUAAAAUAGAUUUUACCCCAGCACUGUUUGUUUUCACAGUUUAAGCUGCUACUCAAAUCUAUUUUGUAUGUGACUAUUUUGUGUUAAUUAAAACCCAAGAAACAAAAAAAAAUAAAUCAGGCUGAUUAGAAAGGUGAAUGUCCCCAACGUUACGAUAGACAUAUUUUAGUACGAGCAGAACUGAGGUUUAUCCAAAGCUUUCAAGUACAUUUCGAAGGGAGCUUUUUUGCAGCAAUAAAAUAUUUGGCACAGAUUUUAUGUCCAUUGAUAUUCAUCUGAAUUUAUGUUUGUUGUAAAAUAAACAAAACAAAGCCGUAAAUCUUUCAGGUUCCAACUCUGAAGGUCCUCUUCCUCUUCUCUUCCUAUAAACCACAACACAAUCUAUUCAUUGUUCUAGCUAGUGAUACCUUAUUCACAUGGCGCCUUCAUUUAGUCGCUGUUUCACCUGGAAACACAAGCUGUAUAACCACAACCACAAGUUAUGGAAGGGGUCAAGAAGUUAUCUGUAUUAUCAAUGAGUUAUCAUCAUGGCUACAAUGCAUGACCACUCUUAUUGACUUCAGGGACGAACGGCAAGUGUGCAUUCACGUGGCAUCAUACAUUCUCUCAUACUUACCCGUUUACCCACAGGAACCAUUUAUAAAGAUUGAUCUUAAUGUAUAUCAUUGUUUAAUUUUUUUUAAUUAUAUUGAUAUUUUACACAGUCGUGAGUGUUGAAUCUAAAUCUCUGUUGUGUUUUAAGUGUUUUCAUGAGAUGCAUACUGAAAGAAAAUUUUAGUUUUGGUUAUAAAUAAAUGAAACGUCUGAGGAUCUGAGGAGUGUUUUUCUGUUACUUGUAAUAUGGAUAUUUUUAAUACUACUUUUUUAUCACCAUGCAAAAUCUUAAAAGUUAAUCUCCGCAUCGGCAGUCAAACUCCUAUUGAUAUUUGAAUGCAGUUUUACAAAAUCCCCCUACCUUGUAUCCUGGUUUACUUUUGCACUUUAUGAUUUGUCACUUUUUAUUGUCUCCCCUUUUUGUGUUGCUGUCUUUCUUAAUCUAGAUCAAUCGAGCUCCCAGCUUUGGAACAGACCAAAAGAUUGACUAUGAUGUCAAGAAGGGAGUUCUGCUAAAUGCUCUCAAGCUUCUCAACAUCAGGUAGCAUGCUUCUUUAUUUCAGUGUUCUUGGUAACCUUUCUUUCGGACUUGAACAGGAGGAUGUCCCACCUCUCCACAUCACUCAUGUGAUUCAGAUUGCAAAAUUUAGGCUAAAAUAGUUGAACUGGAAAAAAUUCUCCAUCUCUGGUAAAGUCAUAGCUUGGCUAUUUUAGUCUAAAUUUUGCAUUUCAGUUUUAAAUUCACUUCAAUUCAAUGUACAGACCAGAUUCUGGGUUUUAUCGAUAAACAAAGAGUUUAGGUAAAAUGUAGACUAAAAUAACUAAAUCUCCACGUGCUCAAUUUUAAUCAGAUCAGAUAACACUGUUUAGAGAAUUUGUGCAUGGUUUUUCCUUAGAAAAAAAAAAUGCAGUGUUUAUGUCUAACUUCCAACAACAAAAAGAUGAACAAAACGUCUCGAUGAAACAUUCAGAUUUUUGCCCAUUUCAUACAUGUGCCAAGAGGGCCAUUUUUAAAAAUGAUAUACAUUGGCAAAUUUAUUUUAUGUACAUUUUUUUAAAUAUUAUUUUUUUUUACUUUGGAUUUUAUUACUUGUAGAGUGCAUUCUGCAUUUAAUUUGGCGCAUGCACAUCCUCUAUUUGUUAAUCAUACGGUGGCAGUAAAAUAGUUACACGCUCAUUUAAUAGUUUAUUCCAGGGAGUAUACUUAUCUUUUUACAGAGCAAGUGAUAAAAAGAAGAACUUGGCCAAACAGAAAGCAGAAGCUCAGAAGCGACUCUAUGGUCAGGGGCCCAUGAGGAGGCUAUCACCGGGGUCCUCAGACUGGGAGAAACAGCGCCACACCCUGGAGAGAAGGAAAGAGGAGUUGGUAACUAUACGCUAGUAUUCAAUAGCAAUAAUCCCUUACGGUAAUAUUUGCUUCAGAGUAGAAGCUCUCUAGCUUUAGGCAAUUAACACCUCCUGCUAUCCUCAGCCAUCGUUUGGAUGAAAAUAAGAGGAGAAUAUAUUGAACACUCCUUUAGGUUCUUCAAAAAUACGUUUGAUUUUUUUUUUCUAGCAAUAGGUGGAUUCCUCCUCCCAAAAAGACAAACAAGCUAUGUGUGAGCAUUUGUAUCAUGGCAUCGAGGGCCAAAGCAUUCCAGCAGAUUUAUUUUCAACAGAUUUCGAACCCUGAAAACAGCAGUAAUUGAGUUUUUGAAAAGUCGAAAAUAAUCUUCUCUAAUUUUUAUAACCGGUUGUACAAACCAUCCAUUAAUACAAAAAACAAACAUCAAAAACAACUUACUGCAAUUUGAAAUGCCAUCACCUGUUUGGUGUUAGUAAUUUGCAUGAAAUCGUGGAUUAUCUCAUUAAAAUUAAUUUUCACAAUCUGGGAUUAACAGAGAGUUUGUUCUUCUUUGUGUUGUCUUGUGUAAAGUGAAAAAGUAUUUUAAUUUGUAUACCGCUUGGUUUCUGCCAUUGAUACUUUUUAUUAAUAAAAAAAAAAAGUAUAAUUUUAUUUGCACAAAAUGCCAUCUUUGUUUUUAUUCUGUAUUUUAGAAAGAGCGGCUUUGUCAAGUGCGGAAACAGAUAUCCCGGGAGGAAUAUGAAAACCGCAAUCUUGGUAAUUACAGGUAAUGUUUCUGAUUUGUUUAAAAGACAAGAGGACAAAUCUUAAACAUAUUAUAAAACCUAACAUAGACACACAAGACUGAUAAUAAAGAUACUCAUAAACAUAAGGAUCCCAAGUCACAAAGCAUGUCACUAGAAGUUAUUACCAAAUCGGAAAUGUCGGAAUAAUACAGGUAAUGUUAUUCACUAGUUUAACAUUUAGCUCCUCAGGCUAUUCCAACUUAAAUAUGCUAAAUUUUAACCAUUCUCCAUUUUUAGACUCCUACUGUGAAUAAUUCCCUUUUCCUCUGAAUUCCAGCUUUUUUUCUUCAUCAAAUAUUUACGUGGUAGUUUAAUUAGUGAAUAUUUAGUGUAUAUUUUUGAGUAUGAAGAGUUUAACCUAAAAGAAAAAAAUAAAAUCUACGAACAGGAUACAUGCUCAAAACUAUUAAUAACAAAUUACACAAGUAAUUUAUAAAGUAUAUAAUAAUAGUAAUAAUAAAGUGAAAAAUAAAAUUCAAGUUGAACAGAAAAAAAUGUCUUCAGCAGAGAAAUCCUUACGUAGUGCUCAGUGUGGGGGCUGCAUGCUCCAUGUGAAACUCUUGAAACAUUGCUUGGCUUGAGAUCAAAAUCGGGAAGCAAUAAAUGAAUUCAAGCGCUCUUCUUACAGGAAGAAAAAAAAAAAGGAUUAGACUAGUCAUUAAGGUUCUCACUUUGACGUACAAUCUGGAAGAAGAUAUUCCUGGCAUUUUAUUUCAUUAUGGGACUUUCUGGGCUUCAGUAUGGGCAAUGUUAUAGAUUGUUUCUAUUUUAUGGCUUUUAUUUAUUUAUUUUAAGUUCUUCUCUUUUAUAUUUUUUCUGCAAUAGUUCAGUAGACAUCAUCACAUAUGUCUUUCCUACCUACAUAGCGUUCUUAUUGUAAGAAGCUGUUUGAAUUCUCAUAGCAUCCUGAGACCAAAUCCAUGCAUGUGUGAAGGGAUGGUGGUCUACCAAGCCAAUAGAAGCCAUGCGUUGGCUUUGAUUAGUUUGAGUAACUAACUUCAGUCAUAGAUUUCAUGAAUGACACUACCUGCCAUCAGGUCUGCUGUCCACAGUACAAGUUUCAGUAGAAAGCUGUACAACCUGUGUCAAACCUAGUCAAAAUGAACGUCCUUCAUAAAAGUAAUUCAAUGCACUUUGCAUUACAUGAUUUUUUUUUUUUUUAAAUAAAUGCUAUUAGUCAGGUUUGCCACAGGUUGUACAGCUUUCAGUAGAACGUUGACUGCCAACCUACAAAUACCUACUGUGCGGGGAUGUGUACACAAACACUGAGGGCAAUGUUUGGGAGAUUUGUAGCAAAUACAUGAAUUCUAAAUAUUUUGCAAUUAUUUAAAUAAUUGUUUGCCUUUUUUUAAUACAGGUUAUGUAUUUAAUGCAUGAAAAGUGGGGGACCAACUGCAGGCUGGAGAAACCAUUUAGCUUGUAAUGCACAUGUUCAUGUACAGUGUGUAUUUGAUAUGUGUAGGUGUAUUCACUCAUGAUCUCUCUAUGCAAGCACAGUAUUCAAGCGUGUGCGCAAGCAUAGUAUUCAAGCGUGCGUUCACAAUGUCUAUAUGCAGUGUGAGGGUGUCCAUGUUCAGCAUGUGGAUGUCUCGUUUGCUCUGCACACUCCCAAUAUUUGUGUGUUUAUAGUUUGAGUGCAAAUACACAUUUGUACAUGUAUAAAUGUGGGUUUUCUCUUUUUUUAUUGGUUAAAACAGAGAAUUUUAGCAACAUUUAUACAUAGAAUUUGGCAUAUUAGUGAAUUCAAACCUUUGCGAGACAAGUAGGCGUAACAACAGAUAUCACAUAAUUGGGAUUUCCAAUUAGCCGCCUAAAAGGAAAUAACUUUCCUUUUUUAUUCUAGAGGAUUGAUAAUAGAUUGCCACAGGCUAUGCUUAUUUACGUCAUUAGAUCAGCACUAACUGUUCUUUAAUAGCGUGUACACACCAUUUCCCCAUUCACACUGAUUAAAAUUUGUUUCCCUCUCCUGCAAACUUCUAGUGUUUUAAAUGGAUAAUAGGAAUAGGAGUAUUCACUAAACUGUGAAUUGUGUUAAACUGAAAAAGAUCUGAGUUUUUUAAAUUCAUAAAGUUGACAAUAUAUGCCCAGCUAAGCUAUACUGGCUUAAAGCGUCACUCCAAGUAUCACAGCCAAAACGGCUCAUGGUUUUUGUGCUAGGAAUCUGUGGGCACUUUACCAAAUUUCUGUCAAAUCCUUUAAUAGCAGUUUGACAUAAAUUGAUCUUUCCUUGUCACCCAUCUGCAGACAUAGUGAUGAUGAUAAAACUCAAUUUUGCUCAAUACGUACAAAUCCGUCCAACCUUGGACAGCAUUGAUAAACUGGGAGAUCUUUGGAUGGGUUAGGAUGUAUAGACAGGGCCCGUAGCUUCAUAACACAAUAACCAAUGUAAUGGUCAUUUUAAAUGUAGUCAAUUUGGAUUUAAAUUCACUAUGAUUUACUGAUUAGUCAUAAACCUAAAGAGAGAAGUCAUGCAGACAUUUUGUUUCAAACAUAUGAGUGUAAUAGCCGUAUAUUUUCUGAACAAUAUUUAUUAAACCAGAAUAUAUAAAGAAUCAGCAAGGGUAUUAAUGAUUUUAAAACAAAAUAGCAGCACUUUUCUUCUAAUUUACCCGUUUCGGCUUUAAAUUUCUAAUUUCCGUACUUCAUUGCCAGCACAACAUCAAAAUGGAGUUAUCUGUUACUCUUUCUUUGUGGGACAAAAUUCAGAGUAGGAUUUGACAGGUAAAUAACUUAUUUGUUAAGUAUGGGUAGUUAAAUAUUUUUGCAGGUACAUAUUAUUAUAACUUGGGAGAUUCAUCAUGGGUAAUUUCACGAAGGAACCAUGAAUUAGCCAGAGAAAACAAGGAAUUUAUUCGUCAACUCAUUUUUAUUUAAAUGGUUAUGUCAAUAAUCAAAAUUGUCGUUUCUGAGGUACGGAACAUCGACAGAUAAUUCAUCAGUACCAAUUGCACCCUACCAAAUGUACCGUCUAGUGCGGGGUGACCUCGCAGGACGUUAGCAGGCAGAAAUUUGAGCGCUAGAGCCUCAAACAUUAAUGUUAUGAACAGUGCAAUCGAAAGAGCCAGACUAUGUGAGUCAGCAAAUGGAGCUCUUUUAAAAGAGGUCAUCUUCCAUGUCUUGUCAAACAAAUCUUCAUACUUUAAAGAGUAGUCACAAAACAACUUCUUCAGCUUAAUGAUGCCGUUUUUGUGUAUACAUCAUGCCCCUGCAGCCUCACUGCUCAGUUCACAGGCAUUUAGGAGUUAAACCAGUUUUGUUUCCGUUAAUGCAGCCAUAGCCACACCUCCCUUGGCUGUGACUGACACAGCCUGCAUGAAACAAAAUGGUUUCAGUUUCACUCAGAUCCAACUUUCUUUAAAAGUAUUUAUCUCCUGCUGUGUAAAUUGAACUGCAAUUACAAACAAGAGGCUCCUGCAUGACCCAGCAAGCUAUUCAUAGAGCAGGAGAUACGAAAUUCUAAAUUAAACAGAAUUUACAAUAAAGGAAGUAUAAACAUCACAUACACAAAAUAGGAUAAAUGAUGGAGAUAGGAUAGAACACAGCACAAGUACUUGUCUGUCCUAUUCCAAUUAUCCUUUGCACCAAUGAGAGACUCCAGGGGUCUCUCAGGGCUUAAUCCUAAAUUCAAAGAAUAGAACAAAUGUAUGUACAGUGGUUCACUGAGAGUGAAACCUAUGUACAACUUGGACAAUCUUAGUAACAUAUAUUGUAGUUGUGUCAAAAUGUUAAACAUUUAACAACAAAAGUAUUCAUAAGGGAUCAUACAAUAAAAUAAUACAAAAUAGAUCUAAAGACAGCCUUCUGAGGCUAAACUCCUAUGUCUGGAUAAGGUUAAAUCAUGAAAAAAUAAAUCUAAUAAUGAGCACCUCCAGAUCAUACUGGUAUAAAUAUAAAUAAAAAGGGGACUUUAUUUAUCCAAGAGAAAAAAAAAAAGUAGCCCUAGUUCUAGUUUGGGUUUCUUUUGGGCACUUAAUUGUUUCUUUUUUAUCACUGUUUGGAAUUAUGUUUAUUUGAUUGCCUAUUACCUUUCAUUUUCUUGUGCCUGUCUAGUUAGCUUUGAAGGGAGAUAGGCUUUUAUAGUUGAAUACUUGCCGGUUAUCUACAGUCAAUAGAAUCUGUACUUCCUCUCUCUCCUCAUACUUCUAAUACUGAUAUGGUUAUUUUAGAACUAACUACUGGUAUUUCUGGUACUUUUUUUUUUUUUUUUUUCUCUUGGAGCCACUUUCAAUAAAGCCCCCUUUUUAUUUAUAUUUAUACCAGUACAUUUGUUCAAGUAUAAAUAUUAGAUGACCUUUUACAGGAAGUGUUUAGGAAAGCUGUGUAAGUCACAUGCAGGGAGGUGUGACUAGGGCUGCAUAAACAAAGUAAUGUAUCUUCUAAAUGGCUGAAAGCUGAGCAGUGAGACUGCAGGGACAUGAUCUAUAGACCAAAAUUUCUUCAUUAAGCUAAACUUGUUUUGGUGACUAUAGUGUCUCUCUAAGCAUUCAUUGUAUAUAAUAUCAUUGAAAUUGGUUCAGUAACAAAAAGUUAUUGACUUCUCAAACCAUACCUGUAAUUUUGGCCCACCCUGUACAUCUUCUCUGCAAAGUACAUGAUGCGUUUGGCAUCAGUAUUUUACAUAAUUUACAGAGUAAGUGUUGUGAUUGCUGUGGCUCAGAGCAGAAGAAUUGCCUGUAGGAAUGUUCUCCUGCUAACCCCUAUUUUUCAUUCCUUGGCAUAGAGGGCUAUGUUGAUUCUGAACUGAAAAUUGAUUGAUAGGUAAGAAGAAGGCAAUAUCGUUUUACGAUAAUCUAGAUGUUGAAAGCAGUUAUACUAGUGCAUUGUGUGUACAAUUAAAUGCUCUUUUUUAUUAGAGCAAAACGUGAUAUUUAUCACAAACCAUCCUUUCUCUUCUGUGUUUGUCCCUUUAAUUUUUUUUAGCAAUAAUAUUAUUAAAUCUCUCUCGUGCUAUUGGCUGAGAGAGGCCCUGUUUUAAUAUUGUUGGAUAUGUGUUUCAAAUGAUUUUAUAUUUUUGGAUAAACUUUUAAAAUUAAUAUUUAAAUUUUGUAAUAUUUUGAAAUAUCAAUGUAAUAAUUGAUAUAUGAUUUUUUUUUUUAUAUUUUAAUGUUUUGCUUAAAUAAUUGUAAACGUUUAUCCAAAAAUAUUGAAUUGAGGCCAUAGUGAGGGUUUUAUAUAUUCUACCUGAUAAACAAACUGUUUUUUUUGUUGUUUUUUUUCCUGUAGGAGGAUCUACCCACCUGAUGAUAAAUUAUUAUUAGAGAAAUAUGAGGGUCUCCUUGCCACUGCCUUUCAGACAUUCUUGGCCGGACGGGCUGCUACUCUUCAGCGGGAGAUGAAUAAUCCUCUGAAAAGAAUGAAGGUAGGUUAAUUCCUGUGAAUUAUUAAUAAAAUGUGACUGAAUUUUUUAUUCUUUAAAUAAACAUGAGUUCAAAUUCAGAGGCUAAGACCGCAUUUGCUGGUGUGAUUAAUGCAGUGAAGGUAAGUAAAAAGCACACUUACCUUCUCUGCACUUCUGUGUUCAGGGCAAGUUCUCUGCUCAAUGAUGUCUUGUGCCGUCCCAUGGUAUGUUCAUACACACGGGUAUCAGCAAAUGUAAAAUAAGCACACAUUGGAAUGGCAUUCUGGAUCACAUGGCAUUGCGAGGUUUAAAGACUACUCCAACCAUUUUGGAGGGGGGGACCUUUCUAGUGUAAAAUAUUAGUGUAUUAGUGUAAAACAUUAUUGAUCACCAUGAAGAAGGCCCCUGUCCCUCCAAAUUGGUAAAAAAAUAAAUAAAUAAAAUUGCAUUUUACUCACCUGGAAUCAAGCGCCGGGCAAAGCACCCAGGGCUGGCUUCUGCGCGCCCCCCCCUUCAAUUGUCACAAUGUCCAGACUAAUUACAAGAUCUCAUUUAUCAUGCUCAGAGUGCAUGCGUGCGGUCCAGGCUGGCGAGGGGAGGGUGAGAGUGGAAAGGGAAGGUUAAGAAAUUUUUUUUAAAAGUGCAGAGGAUAACGGAGGGAGUGCAAUGUGGGUGGGAGGGAAGGAUUUGUUACCUUGCAGAGCACCUGCAAGGUAGAAGGUGAUCACAUCUGUUGGCAGACUUCAAAUUACUGAAGUAGUCAUGGUGGAUGAAAUAACCUUUUAAUUUAUAUUUUCAAUUAUAAGAAAUGAAUGCAAGAAUUUAAGCUGGUCAUUUGGAGUAACCAAUUUUAGACACCAAUCUUGUGAAUGAAAUGUCACACACCUAUAAAUGCAGUGUGGCAUAAAACUAAUCCUUUAGAUUCCAAUAUUUCCCUGCAUUCUCUUAGCAGCAAUCUGCGUUGUAUUAACUGUAUUUAGGGCAGAGACAUGGGUUUAAAUCUUACAUUAACAAGGCAGUCUAUCAGCUGUUCUGACAUUUCUUGUUCCAUCAAUGUAGAAAUGAUCGUGUGGUCCAUAAUGAGGAAUCUGUUGUGAGGGGUUUAGGCAGACACACACCAUAACUUAUAGUGAUGGAUGACUGUGUUAGCACUGAAACGUCUACACUUGUUGUGCACAUGUCUGCUUGAUAAAUAAAGCUGUGUUAUACGCAUUUAUUAAAUCCCAUGAGUGCUCUUUGUCAAGUAUUUAUAGAGUGGCCACAAAUUGCACCAGAAACUUAACCUCUGGAGAUGUUAAAUGUGUGGCUCAAGUUGGAUACAGAUGUAUAUAUAAUUGUGAUGUGUGUGUGUAUGUGUGUGUGUGUGUGUGUAUAUAUAUAUAUAUAUAUAUAUAUAUAUAUAUAUAUAUAUGUAUAUAUAUAUAUAUGUAUGUAUGUAUGUAUGUAUGUAUAUAUAUAUAUAUAUAUAUAUAUAUAUAUAUAUAUAUAUAUAUAUAUAUAUAUAUAUAAAAAUAUGUAUGUGUGUGUGUUUUUAUUCUGCCGAUGCUAUGCAUCUGAUGGGGGUGAAUGGCACUCGUCUCUCUCAUGGUUCAUGAGUGUGUGUAACUUUAAUUGUGGUUUCACAACACAUCCGAUCUGCUAUGCAAAAUAUACAAAUGGACACAAGGAGCAUUGUAGAUUUUCAGGGCUGUAUAGUUUUCCAAAAGUACUUUUGGAGCCGUAGCACAGUUAAGAGUCUGUAUGAACUUCCCCACCACAGUCUUUUUGAUCAUUGAGGCUUGUUUGUAUGACUGUGGCUUGGUUUGUAGGCAGAUUUAUUACAUAAACAGUAGCCGUUUUAAAGCUAGAUUAGCCGGUAAGAGAAUACAGCUUGUCUUUCUUUGGUUUAAGGAGGAAUUGUCCCUUUUAGAAUAUGCUCCACUUAUGUCCAUUAUCUCAACAAUGCAUUAAAAAUGGGGUCACUUCCAUCCUGGAGUAUCUCUUUAAUUAUAUCCAGCAAUCUUGUUACUGGGGAUAGGACAAAUAUUGGCAUUAAGGGGUCAGUGUAUCUCUCUCCUGGCUACUCUAUGGAUUAAUUCGUUCUGGCAGUUUCAUGGUGAAAUUUGAAUGGACAAAGUUUUCUUUUUCAGUUCACUUUUUUUUUUGCAUGACAACUUCUUAAUGUAGUUAUUUUGAUAAACGGUUUGCUUAUUUUUCAAUUUUAAAAGGAGCAGUAAAAUUUCUUCAAUGUAAAUAUAUUCCACAUGAUUUUCCGUUUACAUUUUUCAAAUAUUUUAUUUUUCAUUUUAUGCGAAUUGAAGGAUUUUGGAAAUAAUAUUGCAUUGCGGAAUAACUGUCAGAACUGAUAGAAGUUCCUUUUUAUCAAAAGUUAAUAUUUUGAUAAUGAUUUCUAGUUAUUGAGUUAAUACCACGCUACUGCGGCAGUCCCCUUACAUACAUGGAAGGAAAGAAAAGUAGAAAUCUCCCCUCCCUCUGCUGUGUGCACUCCGAAAAGGAAAAGUGGGUUUGAAAGUUACAGUUAUAAAGUACAGAGAUCUUUAACCUUUUUAUCUGAAUUGAACCUGUUGUUCUGUUACUUUUCUUUUUCUCUGGAAACAAAGCAAAAACACUGAAAACAGGCAGACCACUCACUCAUGCCUUCCUAUCUGAUGCUCUGAUCAUGCUGUUAAACAUAUAGCUUAUUGGACAAGGACAGAAUACAAAUAGGACCACAUUAUUGGUUACUUGAGGCUGUGAGGAUGACGCAUAGAAAGUUGAAAGUCGGUUUUCCUUGAACACAGAACAGAAAUCUGAUUCCUUUCCUGGGAGAUCAGGGAAAUAAGGGGCGAAUGGUCAACACACAUAUAGAAGGCGUAUGCCUGUAAUUGUGGGAGGGAUUUAGGCCUAUUUAAACCCAAGGAACCCUCACUUACCUGUCUUCGUCGGUUCCGGAAAUCCGUCUCCUCGCUUCCGUUGCGCGCAGACCUCUGACGUCACUCUCCCGCGUCGCUCAGAGAGUACGUCCAGCGUCUCAGUGAGAGCUCACGAACGGCUCCGUUCGGUGAUUUACAACAACUGUAAGUCCUCAUAACUGUUCGAUUAAGCAACUGGUCGCAUGGGGGUUUUCUACAGGGGGGGGGUUGCCAUUCGUUUUCUUACAGCUAUUGCAUGUUCUGUCACUUACAGAGAAAGAAGAAGUGACUUUAUAAGUGAUAUUUUUAACUAAAGUUUGCUCUUGAUUACGGUGCUUGGAGUCCUCUGGCAUUGCCCCGUGGUAAGAUUUGAUCCGACCAGAGUACUUAAAGUGUUCCCAUGUAGUUUUAUCUGGCCUUGGACACCAUUUCUUUGCUGAGAGUGUUAGCUCUCCUAUUCAAAUAUUUUAGGAGAUUCCCCUUAUGAAAUACUUAAGUAGGUUCCGCACGUGAUAAUCUCUAAUAUGUUUAUUCCAAAAUAAACUGACCUAUAUCUGAUUCAGUCUACUGUUUCAUUCUCGAAAAAAGGGGCAUACCGAUUACAAUUUGUAUCAUCCUGUUUCUUUCUACCUAGAAUAUACGUGUAUUUGUUUUCUUCGUUAUGCUGUUAUGUUACAUACUUUAUACGUGUCAUAUAAAACCAUUUACAUUUAUUAUGUGUACAUGGCAUGUCAUGCUGUCUAUUAGCACAUGCAGUAUUAGAAUCUUUCGAAUCUAGAAAUGUGCUCUCCCAGUAAGCCUAAUAGCCACCGUUGGCUGUUUUCAUACUUCUACCCCUCCAUUAAUGAAAGCAUUAAACAGGGAUUAUGUAUUGGGUAGAGAUUAAAAAAUACAUCAGGUGCCAUUUUAUGACCUCUUACACAUCACGUGUAUCAAGAAUAUUUGGGUCAGUGAUUUGUAGUAGCUGCGAGCUUACAAACCUAAGUUAAAAAAAAAAAAAAAAAAUAUAUGAGGGCAGACCGUACACUGGCACUUCGUCUUACUACGAAUUGGUAUCACGUACGCUAUUUAUAAACAAUUCUUUCCUUUCUAGGAAUCCAAUUCGUCAUUCAGUACUACCAAUUUACGCAGGUUUUCACGUUCACGGUCCGGUUAGUGUAUAUAAAAAAUAAAAAAUAAAAAAAAUUUUAUUAGCAAGUUCGCCUAGUUUACGCCUCCCAUUUGUUUUUUUUUUGCAAUAGGUGAUUCAGCUCGGGUAAAAAAAAAAAAAAUAAAAAAAUAUAUACCACCCGACCAUACAAACUCAUUAGUGCGACUCAAGUACGUACCAAGUUCACAUACAGGUAAGGAUAACGAACGUUUAUUUAUUUCUUUUUCGUACGUAUCAUCCCUCGUAGUUUAGGUGGCUGGCUGUUAAGGUCAUAGCAACCCAGUAGUGUUAAAUAUCAUCCCGGCUCUCUCGCCUUAAAAUAGUGGUCCCGCGAGGCCAACACCCAUCCUCAAUUCAGAGGUACUACGUCCCUCGGGCCAAUCCAUAGGUAGCCGCCUCGCACGUGGCAUAGAGAGGGCCUCACCUGUCACUCCCAUUCUAUCUUAUGACUACUACUCAUCGAGAGGCCAACACCCCGCCACAACGUUAGGUGGCCACGAAAUUCCCUUGCGCCAACUCAUAGAUAGAGCCUCUCAAGCCGCUUGGCACUUAGCAGGGCCUCACCAGUCACCGGCUUAGUGUAAUUGCUUCGCCGCAGAGCGGCACUAGCUAGUCAGCCAGCACACUCACAUAAAAAAUAAAUAAAUAAAUAAAUAAAAAAAAUAAAAUUAUUUCCUCCUAACAUAAUCAUCUCUUUUCACGCCCAUAGCAUGUCUAACGAUUCAGUUCAAGAAGAAGACCUGUCACUUGCCAGCACUCCCUCCAGACCUGGCAGUCAGCCAAGACAGUCUAGUACGAUGUCCAAAUACAGAUCCUGGACUGUCCCAAAAAUCACUGCUGAACUGAAUAAAAGGAACAUUCCUUUUCCGGCUACAGCCAGAAAAGCUGAACUUUUCCGCCUAUUAAACUCGCAAGACGUAGAGUUACCAGGCCCCAGUUCCGAUGCUACGAUCCAAAAUAGCUUGUCAGAAUUACGUAAUAUGAUGACCUCCCUGGUGGCUUCAGUAGCUACCAUAAAUAAUAGAUUAGAUAAUCUGGAAACCUCUUGUCAAGCUAGCAUUCCGGAAGUACAAGUCCCACUAGGACAACCAGAAACAAGCUCAGGAGGUAACUCCAACCCAUUCCCUGCUAAAACAUCUAAUAUAAUAAACCCAGUACAUUUGAUACCACAAAACUUAAAAAGAGAUAUACUAGAAGGGAAAGAUGUUAAUCUAGCCUCUCUCCUCAUUGCCUCACAGGAUAUAAUCGAAAAUAGAGCCUAUACUUUCGGCGAUAUAUCCGUGGUAAUGAAAACUAGAGAUCCUAGGCUCAACAAAAAACUUAAUAUUCCUGAGUUUGUACUAGCCUUUGGCCUAUAUAGAGACGUAGUUUGCACUGCCUUCCCACACCGUAGAGAAGAGCUGGAUCUAUAUCUGCACAAACUGGUGGAAUUAGCCUAUAAAUACGGGGGGUACGCGUUUUACGACUAUCAUAAGUCCUUUGCUGCCAAGUCAGCUGCAUCAUUGGCCCAGUUCAACACCCCCAUCGAUUGGAGUCAAUUGGAUACAGAAUUAUUCUGUAGACAUUUUGCCGGGCUUAAAACACCAGCAUGUGCAAUAUGUGCCUCAGCGUCUCAUACGGCAAAUUUCUGUCCAAAUAAUAUAAGUGGUCCGUCUAAUAGUAGUACCAGUCCGGAUUAUUUCCCUAAUCAAAGGGAAAUGAAAGAUAAGUUGGGGAGACCUAUAGUAUUUCUCGGGAAAGCUCAAGUCUGUAACAACUUUAACGCAGGAGGCUGUAGUUACAGCGCUUGUAGAUUGCUUCAUAUUUGCUCAAUCUGUUUCAGAGCACACGCGAAAACCAUGUGUCCAAACAAACUGUUCCCUAAAAAAGCUAUGACCCCAAUAAACGUAAACAAUUUACAACGUUACUUGACUGUACAUCCUUCUUCUUACUUGACAGACUUUCUCGUAUCAGGUUUCACGACAGGCUUUCACACAGGUUUGGUAGCACUCCCUUCAGGCAUACUAGAAUGCCCCAACCUACAAUCAGCUGUUACAGACCCAGUCACUUUAACGGAUCUCCUCAAUAAAGAAAUUGAACUUGGUUUCAUGAUAGGUCCCUUUACUACUCCACCCUUCACCUCCUGGAGAACCAGUCCACUCGGUAUAGCCACGGGCAAGUUUAACAAUAAAAAGAGGUUAAUAAUCGACUUUUCAGCACCUCAUACUUCCACAGCCCCAAGCUUAAAUUCCCUCAUACCGUCAGAAGACUUUUCACUGCAGUACGCAAAAAUAGACGACGCCAUACAAGCUAUCAUCAAUUCGGGCGACGCAGCCUGGGUGAGCAAAACAGAUAUUUCAAACGCUUUCAAACUCUUACCAAUUAAACAGUCACUCUGGCACCUUCAUGGUGUUAAGUGGGAAGGGAAAUACUAUUUUGCAACCAGGCUGACCUUCGGCUCCAAAAGUAGCCCAAAAAUCUUCGAUAUAUUCGCAGAAACCUUAAACUGGCUACUACUAAACAAUUCCAGGUGCCCAGUAGUAAUUCACUACCUCGAUGACUUUUUAUAUAUCGAGCCUAGCUACUACACGCCACAUAGUCUAAGUAAUGCACUAUCCCUAUUUAAUGACUUAGGAGUCCCGGUAGCUCCAAACAAAACAGAGGGUCCCAGUACAGAAAUAACUUUCUUAGGCAUCACUCUUAAUUCCGCGACUAUGCAAGCUAGCCUCCCUCAGACGAAAGUAGACAGAAUUCUUACUAACAUUCACAACUGCACCAACCAAGGGUCUUGUACCAGGAAAGAGUUACAGUCGCUUUUGGGUUCCCUUAACUUCGCCAUGAGAGUUGUCCCUCGAGGCAGGUCUUUCAUCUCUAGGCUUCUGUCUCUCCUACACGGCCUCCCUGACGACGGCACUAGAAUUAAUCUAGAUAAUCCUGCGAGGGCCGACCUUAAUAUGUGGGAACUGUUUUUAACUACAUGGAACGGUAGGUCACUUUUUAUUCCCCCCAUAUCAGAUGAGUCCCCGGUUAUCUGGACAGACGCAGCAGCUACCACCGGGUACGCUGCAAUAUUUGAGGACGAAUGGGUGUACGACAGUUGGCCACCCGAAACACUUACCCUAGAGAAUUUCGAUAAAACCUCUGCAUUCUUCGAAAUUUUCCCAAUAGUAGCGGCAGCUCUCAUCUGGGGAAAUCAUUGGAGGGGGAAAGCAGUGAAAUGUUACUCUGAUAACCAAGCAGCAUGCGACAUAAUUAACAAGGGCCGUUCUCAGUCCCUGCCAAUCAUGAGUCUUGUAAGGAAACUUACUUGGUUGGCUGCAAAUUUACAGUUCUAUAUGCAUUGUAUCCAUGUUCCUGGUGUCUUAAAUAAUGCAGCUGAUGCUUUGUCUCGUUUUAAUUUGCAGGAAUUCUUCAAACUACACCCUACAGCAAACAAACACUCCAUAAAUCCCCCACAAUUCAAAGACCUAAUCAUGCUCUAAAUCAGUUAUUAGAACAUAGUAGAAUUCUUGCACAGGCAGCCUUGUCGGAAAACACAAAAAAAGCUUACGAUAGGGCAUUUGACCUGUUCAAAAAAUUUGUACGAGAUUUCAACAUAAUAAACUGUUUUUCUGUAGAAACUAUGGUUGCAUUCUCAACUUUUUGCCACCUCUCAUUAAAACUAGCCUACAAUACCAUAAAACUUUAUUUAACAGGAGUACAACAUUUCAUGCUAAUUCUUUUCCCAAACAAGUCCCCUUUCUUGUCCACAUACCCUGUUAAAAGUAUACUAAAAGGUAUCCAGAGACAAAAGGCACAUGUAGCCCUGAAAAGACUCCCCAUAGACAGUAACCUCUUUAAAGAUAUCUCCAAUCUAUUAGAUAAAAAUCCUUUUGAAUAUAACACUAACCUAGUAAUUAAGACAGCAGCGUAUCUUGCCUUUUUUGGGUUCCUCAGACCUAAAGAAUUUUCAGUGGAGAAAAUAUCCGACACAAAAAAUUGUCUCAAACAAGGAAACCUAACUAGAGUACAUGAUCAUUUCAUAUUAUCUAUUCCCCGCACAAAAACUAACCAAUCAGGUCCCCCAGUAGACAUUAAAUACUUUCCUACCGGUUCCAUCUGGUGCCCAGUACAAGUACUAGAUAAGUUCAUACUGAAUCAACGAGUUAAAAAUCCAGAUUUGCCUCUGUUGACCCUACAAGGUAAGCCUCUCACCACUAAACAAUUCAUGCUAUACAUCCGCGCUUUACUCCUCAGACUAGGCCUCAAUCCUAAUUCCUUCACGGGACACUCAUUCCGCAUCGGAGCAGCCACAACAGCCUCAAGUAGUCAAGUGCCAACACAUAUUAUAAAGAAAAUGGGCCGCUGGAAAUCCUCCGCGUAUAACCAGUACAUUCCAAACCCGGAGAAAGAGAUCAGACUUGCAUUUUGUAACAUGUCUAAAUAAUGUUGUGUUAAUAAAUGUUUGUUUCUCUUAUUUUUGCCCUCUUUUUUACAGGCCUAACCUCUCGUCGGUUUCGGCACACCUCAACCGACUCUCAUUUUUAAAAACAUAACUCUCCAUUUUAAGUAUACGCCCCUUUUUAUAAUCCCGUACACAAAUAGAAGGCGUAUGCCUGUAAUUGUGGGAGGGAUUUAGGCCUAUUUAAACCCAAGGAACCCUCACUUACCUGUCUUCGUCGGUUCCGGAAAUCCCCUCCCUCCACACCCUUUUUUAAAUAUCAAUAAUUCAGGGUGGGCCCUCUUUUUUACAGGCCUAACCUCUCGUCGGUUUCGGCACACCUCAACCGACUCUCAUUUUUAAAAACAUAACUCUCCAUUUUAAGUAUACGCCCCUUUUUAUAAUCCCGUACACAAAUACCGUAUAUACCCGUGUAUAAGUCGAGAAAUUUUACCUGCAAAAUUAAUGUUAUAUUGCAGGCUCGACUUAUACACGGGUGUGAGGGGGGGUGGAGAAUAAAAACAUCAUAGUGGUGCCGCCGGACCGGGCGGCCGCCAAGCCGGUCCGGCGGCAUACUCACCUUCAUGCUUUCUGACACUGAAAGCAUGAAGAAGGAGGGCGGCUGCGGCGGAGUCAGCUGCGGUGGCGGCUGCGGCUGCAUAAUCGGGAGGGAGGGGGCCAUGGGACCGGCGGGAGCAUAUAAAACCACUCUCCCGCCGGUCACUUUCUCUUACCCCUCCAGAUGCGCCGCGCGGGCCAAAUGAGCUCACCCCUCCAGAUGCGCCGCGCGGGCCAAAUUAGCUCACCCCUCCAGAUGGACCAAUCAGCUCACCCCUCCAGAUGGGCCAAUCAGCUCACAUUAUGUAAAGGGCUGCUGGGAUACAUUACAUCAUAUCCCAGCAGCCAAGUGUUUGAAAUAGAGCAAAAGUGUUUAUAAUCUAGUGAGUUUCUGUCAGUGUGUAUGUUUGUUUGUCAGUGUGUGUUUGUCAAUGAAUGUGUGUGUGUUUGUGUCAUUGAGUGUGUGUGUAUGUGUCAGUGAGUGUGUGUGUCUGUGUGUAUGUUUCUGUCAGUGUGUGUUUCUGUCAGUGAGUGUACGGUAUGUGUUUCUGUCAGUGAAGGUGAGUGUUUGUGUCAGUGAACGUGAGUGUUUGUGUGUGUGUGUACGGUAUGUGUGUUUGUCAGUGAACGUGAGUGUUUGUGUGUGUGUGUACGGUAUGUGUUUCUGUCAGUGAACGUGAGUGUUUGUGUCAGUGAACGUGAGUGUUUGUGUGUGUGUGUACGGUAUGUGUUUCUGUCAGUGAAUGUGAGUGUUUGUGUCAGUGAAGUGUGUUGUGUCAGUGUCAGUGAACGUGAGUGUUUGUGUGUGUGUGUACGGUAUGUGUUUCUGUCAGUGAACGUGAGUGUUUGUGUCAGUGAACGUGAGUGUUUGUGUGUGUGUGUAUGUGUUUGUGUCAGUGAAUGUGUGUGUUUGUGUCAGUGAAUGUGUGUGUUGUGUCAGUGAAUGUGUGUGUGUGUUUGUGUCAGUGAAUGUGUGUGUUUGUGUCAGUGAAUGUGUGUGUAUGUGUUUGUGUCAGUGAAUGUGUGUGUUUCUGUCAGUGAAUGUGUGUGUAUGUGUUUGUGUCAGUGAAUGUGUGUUUCUGUCAGUGAAUCAGUGAACGUGUGAGUGUUUCUGUCAGUGAAGUGUUUCUGUCAGUGAGUGUGAGUGUUUCUGUCAGUGAGUGUGAGUGUGUUUCUGUUAGUGAAUGUGAGUGUUUAUGUCAGUGUGUGUGUUUCUGUCAGUGUGUGUAUGGUAUGUGUUUCUGUCAGUGAAUGUGUGUGUCAAGAGUCAAUGAGUGCAUUUGUGUAUGAGCCAGUGAGUGCGUGUGUGUAUAUAUUAAAGGAACAGUAUAGGGUCAGGAACACAAAUGUAUUCCUGGCCUUAUAGUGUAGGGUCCCUGGCCCCCUCUUGCCCCCUAAGCAAAAGGGGGCCAGUGUAAUAUAUACACACUAUAUAUUAAAGGAUACACUAUAUAUUAAAGGAACAGUAUAAGGUCAGGAACACAAAUGUAUUCCUGGCCUUAUAGUGUAGGGUCCCUGGCCCCCUCUUGCCCCCUAAGCAAAAGGGGGCCAGUGUAAUAUAUACACUAUAUACACACUAUAUAUUAAAGGAUACACUAUAUACGCUAUAUAUUAAAGGAACAGUAUAAGGUCAGGAACACAAAUGUAUUCAUGGCCUUAUAGUGUAGGGUCCCUGGCCCCCUCUUGCCCCCUAAGCAAAAGGGGGCCAGUGUAAUAUAUACACACUAUAUAUUAAAGGAUACACUAUAUACGCUAUAUAUUAAAGGAACAGUAUAAGGUCAGGAACACAAAUGUAUUCAUGGCCUUAUAGUGUAGGGUCCCUGGCCCCCUCUUGCCCCCUAAGCAAAAGGGGGCCAGUGUAAUAUAUACACUAUAUACACACUAUAUAUUAAAGGAUACACUAUAUACGCUAUAUAUUAAAGGAACAGUAUAAGGUCAGGAACACAAAUGUAUUCCUGGCCUUAUAGUGUAGGGUCCCUGGCCCAUAGUUAAGGCGUACUAUGCUGCCCUGCACACUAUGGGCUUAAACACUGUCAGGGCAGCAUGGUUCAUCCUAGCAGUGCAGCUGUCAGAAAGCACGAACUGAAGGAGGGAGCAGACAAAACUACCGAAUGAUGCUCCCUCGCGGCUCCCACAAUGCACAGCAUAGCCACAUCAUAGAGUAGUGUUUACUCCGUGAUGUGUCCAUGCUGGGAAUUGUGGGUACCGCGAGGGAGCAUCAUAGAGAGACAUUUGUGUUAUAUUUCCAGUCUCUCACGUGCAAGGUCAGCCUCGGGAGAAAGGGAAUAGAGAGACACAAGGGGAGAGGGAGAAGGAGAAGGAGACAUAGAGACACACGAAAGGGAGGGGAAGAGAGACACACAGGGGAUAGGGGAUAAUGAAACAUGUGCAAGAGAGAGACACAGGGGGAGGGAAAAAGAGACAGAGGGGAAGAUAGAGACUGGGAAGAAAAGGGGAGAAAUGGACACAUAGGAGCAGUGAGGGGGAGAAAGAAACAUACCGGUACACCAUAUAAGGGAACUUGAUUGACUAUUUACUCUUGUUUGUUGUCAAAUGAUUAUUAAGAUUACGGUACAUUAAUAACAGAAUAUUUUCGGUAAAUUCUUAUCUUCAGAAAAAUGAGUUUUGCAAAGAAAACGAGAGCUUCUUACACUGCUGCACUUAAAUUGAAAGUUAUUGAACGUGCAAAAGAAGCCAAUAAUAGCGUAGCUGCAAGAGAGUUUAGCAUCAGUGAAAAACUCGUAAGAGAUUGGAGGAAAAAUGAGGCUAAAUUGCAAGCCAUGCCGAAGUUGAAGAAAGCAUUACGUUUCAAAGCUACACCUUUUGAUGGAAUGGAAAAGGAUUUGAAUGACUGGAUAAUGGAAUGUAGACAAAAUGGGUAUGCUGUGACUCGCUCGAGCAUUCGAAUACGAGCACUUCAGAUUGCAAAAGAAAAAUAUUUGGCGACUGAAGGUAUGACAAAAUUUAGAGCAUCGUCUGGUUGGUGCACACGAUUCAUGAACCGAUAUGGAUUGUGUCUUCGUCAGCGAACAAAGAUCGCUCAGAAGCUGCCUAAAGAGCUGGACGAAAAGGUCAUGUCAUUCCACAAAUUCAUUAUCAAACAGAGAAAAAAGAAUGGUUUCGCUCUGAAUAACAUUGGUAAUAUGGAUGAAACUCCGAUGACAUUUGAUAUGCCUGGCAAUCGAACUGUAGAAAGCGUUGGAGAAAAAACUGUACUUAUAAAAACAACCGGUCAUGAAAAGUCACAUUUCACUGUUGUACUGUCUUGCCUGGCAGAUGGCACUAAACUGCGCCCGGUAAUAAUAUUCAAGAGGAAAACAAUGCCAAAGAAUUUAAAAAUUCCGGCAGGAGUAACUGUUCGUGUUCACCCUAAAGGCUGGAUGGAUGAGGAGGGUACAAAGUUGUGGCUGCGCAAUGUGUGGGGCAGGCGACCAGGCGCAGCGCUAAGAAAAUGUCCGUCGUUAUUGGUGUGGGAUAUGUUCCGUGCGCAUAUAACAGAGGAUGUGAAGGAUGAAGCAAAAAAAAUGGCAACCACGUUAGCAGUGAUUCCAGGCGGCCUAACAUCAAUGCUCCAGCCACUGGAUGUCUGUCUCAACAAGCCUUUCAAGGACCGAAUACGCAAUAUGUGGCAACAAUGGAUGUGUUCUGGUCAAGCAAAGUUAACGAAAGGAGGAAACUUGAAGAAACCAGACAUUGAUUUGAUAUCAAAAUGGGUAAAGGAUGCUUGGGAUUCAAUAUCACCAGAAAUGAUCAAGAAGUCGUUCCUGAAAUGCGGAAUUAGUAACGCUAUGGAUGGAUCAGAGGACGACGCCAUCUAUGAAGAGAAAGAUGAAUCGGCUUCAUAUGCCAAUUCAACAGAUGACGACAGCGAAGACGACGUUUAUGCUGAUGGCAUCACCGAAGAACAAUAUCGUGACUUAUUCGGACAUUCUGACGAUGAUGAGUCAGAGUUUGAAGGAUUUGUAUAGGCCAAACAAUGUUUGUGCUAUUUUGGAGGGCAUAACUAAAAAGUUCCCUGUAAUAAGUUUAAGGAAUUCGUUACAGUUAAUAAAUUAAAUGUUCAUGUUCAUGAUUGCUGAUUUUUUUUAAAUCCAGUUUUUAACUGACAUGUUUGAUUGUUCCAGGAUCUUAGGUAAAAUCUGACAAAAUUAUUAAAAAAAAAAAAAAUCACAGAAUUUCAUAGCCCCAAGUUUUACCCUCGACUUAUCCACGAGUCAUAGCAUAUUUCUUAAUUGUUGGUCACAAAACAGCACUCGACUUAUACACGAGAUCGACUUAUACACGAGUAUAUACGGUAAUAUUAAUGGUAAUGGUGAAAUAAGCUGCAAUGGAGCUAUGCACGCACCCAAUGAUGAUGUAAGCCAUGGCCUAGGGGCAUAGCCCGCUCUAUAUUUACAGAAGAAAGACAUGAAAACAUGUUUGCCAUAGAUAAAAUAAUACAUUCACCUGAUUUUAAACAUAAUAUGUUCUAUAAAAAAAUGAGGUUUUGGACCCAUGGAUGUAAGUGUGAAUAUCACCUCUAAAUACUGGGCUUAAUUCCAAAGACAAGUAUGGUGUUGUUUAUAAUUGCCCAAAUCUACCAGUUCCUUGUAUUAAUAAUUAAUAAAUUGCUGUAUGACCAGCACAAUGCUAUCUUCAUAAAGCACUGUCUGUCUGGCCCUCUGCUGUCUUAAUAAAUUGCUCUAUUACUGUCCUGCUGCUCUAUUAGAAAACUGCUGUAUGACCGUCCCUCUGCUGUCUUAUUAAAUUGCUGUGUGUUUGACUCUCUGCUUUACUGAUAAAUUUGCUGCCCUGUUAACCCACUGAUGUAUUUAUAAAUUGCAGUGUAAAUGGCUUGCUGUUUAAAGAUUCGACUGCUAAUACAUAACUGGCAGGGUUAAGGUAUAGAUGAUGGAGUGGGACGUGGGCAUGUCAGCAUCAUAUUUGAUGUGCAGCAGAGCAGGCGCUUGAAAAAUGAAAAUGCAACCAUUUUGCAGUGGUUUACCUUCUUACCCAAAACCCUGCUGGCAGUAUCCUAUGUAAACAGGUUUAUGACAUCUGGAGAGAUGCAGAAGCCGGAUAAUAAUCCUGCCAUUCAUUUAUUGGUUGAGUGUCAUCUGAUCACUUUCAUCCAAUGGGGUCCCCUCUGUGCACAGAAUUGACAUUACCCUGCCUGGCGCUCUUGUUCCAAGAUAACUUAUAACUCUCCUAAAGGUUGAGUUUCACCUCUGUCAGCAAAGUGGUUAAAUUCCGUAUGGGCAUCAUUUCAUGCACAGACUGCAUGCAUCAUGACCACUUCAAAACUCUGACGCAGGUAUGGUGCUUGGAGUAAGCCUUUAACACUUGCAGACUAACCCUCCCAUCACUUUAAUCCAAUCAUUGCCACCGUGGUUGGGUGUAUUUGUCUUGAAAACUAUAAAUUCCACAUAAUCCAUGAGACUGGAGAGGCUGUGUGUCUGCGAGUUACUGUGGAUUUGUAACUUCUGAAAAAUUUGACAAUGAAAUAAAGACCGUGCCCAAAGACUCGAGGCAACAUUACCACUAUACUGAGCAGUAAUGGUUACAUUGCUUAGAGCAGGGGUAGUCAACCUUUUAAUACCUAUCACCCACUUUUGUAUCUUUGUUGAUGGUAAAAUGUUCUUACUGCCCACCAGUGCCACAGUAACUAAUUUUAUAGUGCAAAUGUGUUGUGUUGUGUGUUUGUGUGUGUGUGUGUGUGCGGUGCUGUGUGUGUGUGUGUGUGUGUGUAAGGGAUGUAGUCUAUGCUGUGUUUAGGUGGGUGAGAUGUGAAAAUCUAAAUUAAUGUCUCCCCCUCCCUUCUUCUUACAUUUUACCAGUGAGGAGGGACAUAAUGCUGCAAGUCCUGGCUGUCCAGUGGUGGCAUGUUCACUUUAGCCUGCAGUCCUCCACAAAAACAGUACUGUAUCAGAGCGUUGCCAUUUUAACGCGCGGCAAUGCUUCGACCAGCCUGCUCGUGGAAGGAACACAGCCUCCUUGGCCUUUCCCUCCCUCUUUGAUCUCCACAACCUAAGAGGGCUUAGAGCAAGGAUGGCUCUGCAUGGGCCGGCAGGGGAGAUGAAAGGAUCUCCCCUGCCGGCCUCGUCCCACGGCCAUCGAAGCACACCAGGCAUUUUCCUCAGAACCCACCACCACCCACCUGAAAUCCCAAAUCGUCCACUAGUGGGUGGUAGGGACCAGGUUGACUACCCCUGGCUUAGAGGAUACUUCUAAUGAUGCACACCUUUUUUGGAUACCUUCUCUAUUUUCUCCAGAGCUAGAUGCUAGAUUGAUUAAUUACAGUGUGAAAUUUCAUCUGCUUUAUUAAUAAUUUGUUUUUUGCAGAUUCACCAACAUUACGUUGCUUCUGCUUUACAGGAAGAAGACAUUUUGGAUCUUCUUGAACAAUGUGAGUUGGAUGAUGAAAAGCUGAUGGGGAAAUCCACUCGGCAAAAGGAACCACGGGUAUGUAGGAAUAACAUAAUAAAAUAACCUUUUUAUUCCAUUAUUCUUCUGAAUAUAACCACGGUUAAAAAGCAUACAUGACAGCAUACAUUAAAAGCAGGACAGAGCCUUGGCACAUUACCUUCUUGAUGCCAGAUUGCCAGUAAGUUAAGCCUUUAUUAGCAGAAGGGGUUGGCAAAGACACUGGUGUUAUAAGUAAACGCUAUAGUUUUUCUUUAAUGGUUUAAUCUAUGUAAUCUCAGAAGAAACGUAUUGCAGGUUCUGAAUGCAAGCAAGUACCUUUAUGCUGGACUAAAUGUGCAGGACUUCAAAUUUUGAGUCCUUCUAUAGACCUCUUCACACACUUUUUUUUUAUUCUUCAUUAUUUUUAUAUUUUUAUAUUAUUAUUAUAUAUAUAUAUAAUCACAUGCAGGGUGAGUCCAAAGCUAUAUGACUGUUGUAUUUAUUAAUGUGAAAUUACAUAAAUAAAGAUCAGCAAAUAUUAAAAUGUAUAGGCACAUACGUAGCAAACACUGGAGAAGUUGUUGUAGACACAGGUCCACUUCUGUAGCUUCAGAUAGGUAUUCCGCUGAUUCAAUAGUGAAGAAACCCCAUAUCACUAUAGUGUUGCCUACAAGGAUGAAUAAAAAUAAUGUAGUAACUGAGUUACACCUGGAUUGGGCUUUUAACUGGGUUGAAAUCUUGAAAUCUGAUUGUGUUGAUCAAAGGGAUGAAACUUGGCCCUGUUGGUCACCGGGUUGGAAAUUGGCCGUAUUGGUCAUUGGUUGGAACUUGCCCUGUUGGUCAAUGGGAUUGAAAUUGGCCAUGAUGGUCACAAGUUUGAAAAUUGUUUGUACUGGUGGAAUGAAUAUGUUGGUCACUGAGGUAUAACUUGCCAUGUUGUUCGCUGGGGUGCAGGGGCAGGCUGGGACGGGAGGCAGGGAGGCAAUUGCCCCCUAGGCCGCCCUAAAUCCAGGGCAGUCCGCAUCCAGCAAAAAAAGGAAAAAUCUGAAAAAAAGCCUCUGGCUGAGGACUCAGAAUUUUCAACUUGCCUCUCUCCAUGCAGCCUGCAGCCAGUGGAGUCUGCCGUCUCCUGCUGGGGAGUCUGGGAGAAGAGCAGAGGAAGUCACCCCCCCUCCUCCUGAGAUCAUCAGGAGAGGCCGACUUCACUGGCUGCUGCCUCCUGCCCAUCCCUCCGUGUCCUAAGGUAAGAUUCACAGAGGGGAGGGGGGAAUACACUUUAGUUUUUUUUUUUAUCCCCUUCCUCAGCUCCUGACCCCUUCAACAACCUACUUCAACCCCUAUUCCCCCACUACAUUUUCUAACCCCCCAAUAACAGCUCAUACCAUCCACUACAGCCCCUAGCCCACUAAUACAGCCCUGUCCCCUGGCUUUAAAAGUGUAAAGUCUGUGUGUGUCAGUAUGUAUGUCUGUGUGUCAGUAUGUCUGUCAGUGAGUGUGUGUUUGUUAGUGUGUGUCAAAUUAGCAGGUCUGUGUGUGCCUGGCAGUGAGUGUGUCUGUUUAGGUCAUUGUCCCCCUUUCAAUCACAUGGGAAAGGUGUUUAUACUCUCGUCUUGGUGCAUUGGGUUGCUUGACUGGAUUUGCCCCCCAGGCCUAAGGCUGCCUGCCCUCCCCUGCCGAGGUGGAGCUUAAUUGGGUUGGAAGUUAAAUAUGUUGGUCACUGUAUUGGAACUUGCCAUUUUGGUCAUUGAGUUGGAAUUUUCCAUCUAGGUCACUGAGAGGGAUAACGAUUGUUGUUGGUCACACGGUUGGACUGUGUGGAUCACUGGGGUCGAAUUUGAUCAUGAUUGUCAUUGGAGUGUGGUUGUAUGUGUCAGAGAUGGAAUAGAGUCAUAUAGGUCAGUAGCUUACAAAGGGGUCUGGAUGUGUGAUGCUUUUUGCCUCUCUCCUUUUUUUUUUUUUUUUUUUUUUGCAUACAGCUGUCUGUGCCCAGCUUGAUAUGCAGUAACCCUGGAGAUUUAUUCAUAUCUUUGCAUUCUAUUUAGGUAUAUGUCACUUUGUGUUUUACAAUUGCCUAACUUUGAAUUGUUAGUUUAGUCUGAAAGAUGUGUGCAGUAAUCUUUGUUUCUCCUCUCUUACAUGACAAUGUAUCAGCAGAAAGCUGGCACCUUACUGUUUGCCUAAUAAUACUCCGGGAAUAGCUUUUUAGCAAACAAUCUAAAAGCUAAAGGGAUGAUACAUGAUGUUCUACUCAAAACACGACAAAUAUUACACUAUAUUUCAGUGACGCCAUUGUGUAUUGUGAACACAGUCAGUUGUGCUCAUAAUUUAUUUGUUUAUUAAACUGACAAAACAAAUCGCCUGGACACAUUAUAUGAUUCAAAAAGUACUGAAAAUUAAACAUUAAUAACAUCACUGUUGUGCAUUCUAGUACGUUUUAAAUGGGAAUAGAACUUGGAGAUCUGAUUGUGAAGCCUGCAUUUAAAUCUGUUACCAGUGUUGGGAGAACAGGGGUUGAAAACAUGAGAAAUACAUGUUGAAGAGGCAUUCCUAAGAUUGUAUUAACCCUAUUUGUUACCUUUUCUGCACCUUUUUCAUGCAACUAUUUUGACACCAGGGCGCACAUGAGCUAACCUUGCAAAACCUGUGCCGGCAACAAUGGGUGUUGUUUGUCUAGGUUUAGCCCAGCUUGAUUUAACUCACACUUCAUUGAGCCAUUGCAGGGGUACAUAGCCAUAAUCUGUGUCUCCAGAUUGUUUAUCCUGUGUAUCGGUGUAUGACUUAUGCCCAGUUUUAACAACCCUGUAGAGGUUAACCAACUUCCAGCGACAUUUGUACAGCAUAAGGGAUCAUGAUCCAAAGCCUUCCUGCUAGCAUGGCAUGGUUCUGGGUUUCAAAUUAGACUUUUGACCUGGUCUGUGUUCUCGCGUAAAUCCUUGGCCAUCACAAAUCAAUGUAAUGUCUCUAAGGCAAAAAUGGCAUAUGGCUUUAAGCCAGAAUGUGCUAUGUUCAGGAGAAAUCAACAGCUGGGAAAGUGUCUUAAAUCAAGUUUUGUUUUCUCACCUGAGUUUUUAUUUUGUAUUUUUGCAGUGCAUAGAUGUACAAACCAGCUUGUGGUGCCCCAACAGCAUUCCACACGCUAUUCAUCAGGCAUUACAGUGGGAUAUAUUAGAAAACGUACACAUUUUUCAAUUAAUGAUCUUGUUCAACCGCCAUGUCUGAGCAUAUGUCUGAACUGUAAAGGCUUUAGGAGCUUAUCUAAGACAUGUGCCUAAUAACACUCUAAAUAACCUCAGAUAUGAGAGUAUGUCAUAUAGCACAUUACCAUUGCAUAUCGAUGUAGCUGGUUAUCCCUUAAAGAGAAGGAACUAAUAAUAAAUGAGAAAACCUAUUGAUAACAUAUAAAGCAUAAUAAAAUAUGUUACUAGCGAGUGGCUUUUGCAGGGAUUUAUAACUCUGCUGCUGUUCUCUUAUGGCAGAAGGCUUAUGUAGCAGUCCCCCCUUCUCAUCUAGCCAACUCUCGCCUUUAGUAUUGUGGUAAUACCAUCCACCGAGUGUUCAUCGCCGGGACGAGGACCUCUCCAGCCCCAAGCUUGUUCGAGGGCCGGCAUCUGUGAACCACAGACCUGGUCUCUGCUACAGUCCAAGUCUUUUUUCCCCUGUAGGGAGUAGUCAGAGAGUUGACUCCCUUGUGCUUGAUUGCCUCGGUGGCUUGGAUACAGAGCUGCAAAAUGAGCCAGAAUUGAUGAAAGAUGGCAUCUAGCCUCUUCAAGGAAUCCGCCUUGUGGUUGCGGGUGGUUGUCAGCUUCAGGCUCUCCACGUAUAGUUGCGAGAGAGAGGCAUCCGCCAUUGCAGCUCCGCCCCCUCCUCACCUGAGUUUUAAUUUCCCUUUUUUGUUUCCUCAUUGGCCACUCUCACUUGUCAUGCAUUCUCCUGCCCUGCUUUCAUAUAAGCCCACGGAUAUAAACUGUAAUAGAGACUGGUUACCAUUUUAUAACAUUAUUGUAGAUCAAAUUACUUGCAAUGCAACAUUUAAUUAGGUCUAAAAGAUUAUUACCAGUGGGCAGACACUGCCUGCAACAUCAGAGACUUCUGAAUGCCACUGGUGGCACCUGUUCCGUAGGUUUCCAUUACUGCCGAGACUUGUUACUUUGGAAUUCUGCAGUAUUUUCCAUGCUUUAUAAUCCAGCUUUAUGUCUUGCUGGCUACAUAACCUGAUAUGAUCACUAUUGAAAUCUUUCUUUGUUGCAGGUAUUCUGGAUGUCCUCAUAUAAAAGCAGCAACUCAGAACCUUUUCAAGUUUAAAUCUCACCUUCAAUGUCUAGCCUCUGCUAUACGAAGCAUACAUAUAUAUCCUAUGUAUUCUAUGAAUUAAUUUUUGUAGAAUAAAUCUAGUUCUCCAACUAUUACUGUUGGGUGUUAUAGUCUUCCUUGGAUUUAGCGCUUUUUGUUACCUAUUCCAUGUGUAAAAAUAGGGAAGGUUUAUCACAGUGUUGUGAUCUGAAAAGUUUGCAGAGUUGUAAAUGUGGAACAAUUGCUUUUGGAAUGAACCUAAAUAUCGUGCUAUUGGCCUGAAUUUCUCCAAUUCACUGUUUUUGAGGGGGGAAGAGCCCUAUAUGUAUCUAAGCAGCAGCAGAGUUGUCCUUCUUGCUUCUUGUGUGCGUAUGCUUAAAAUGUUGGAAUAGUUGAGCGUCCUUACCUAAACUCGGAGAUUGAUUUUGUUGCCAGGACCACAUUGAACACAUGUGUCACAUCUGAAAAUGAUGUUCCCUAAGCCAAAUGCAUUUAAAACGUGACCAGUAUUUCAUUCCGACACAUUGUUGAGAAAUUUAUUUUCAACCCCUUAACUACUGAGCACAAAAAAAAAAAGCCAGCAAAACCUGCUUGUCAUCAUACUAUGGAAAUCCGUCUAAUCAGUCUUUUUAAAAUCAAGAACAUAUACAUAGCAUUUUCCCCAGUUUUCAAAGAAAUUGUGCAGAACCAAAAUUAUUUUAGUGCAUAAAGUACAUUUGGCAAAAGUAAACCCUGUAAAAAAAACAAAAUAAAAAUGCUCCAAUACAUUUAAGUAAGGAGUUUCUAACCAUAUUUGAUAAUAUGGAUUCCCUAGCUGGUGUUUGUACACCCUGAGCUUUGUUUACUAAACCAGGAAUUCUGAAAAAUUGACAAGAGAUUUGCAAAUUUAUACCAAAAUAGCCGAACUGGAAAAAUUCUAUUUUUGCAGUUUUACUAUUUUACCUUCAGAUUUACAAUUCCACUUUCAAUUGUCCAUAUUUGUCAGUUUCGUGAAUAACGCGGUUUAGCUAUAUGUGGUUGUAAUGCUGCACUGUGUAAUAACUGCUACUGUGUAGGCCACUUAAUUCCUGUCUCAGAGCUUCCUUCCCUCUCCCACGAGCAGCUCUUUGCAUAUUGAACCUUACAAGACAAAUUAUGGGGGAGACAUGCGCAGUCCCUCUGUGUGUAAUUGGAGCACUGAUAGAGAAAUGUCUCACUUCCAGAUCGGCAGCACAGCUUAUCGGCUUUUCACCUAAGUGUGGAUUCUUGGGAAUUUAAAGUGAAUUUUAAUCAAAUAUAAAAACAUAACUUUGAUGGAUAAGAUCUUCAUACUUCACGCUUUAGCAAAUAAUCCUGUAAGUGUUAACUUUUUUAACACUGGUUUGCAAGGCAACAAGGUGAGGCAGUAUUUUUCAUGGAAGGUCCACAGUCCAUCUUACGGCUAAGGAUCACCCCUUUCACUGCCCUCCAAUGCAAGACCCCUGAUCGGAAGAUAUAUAAUGUUCCCAAGUAUGUGCAAUAGCAUUGCAAUGACAUAUAUCCACACCUGCCAACAUUCCUACAGGACAAAGAUGGAUACAUUAGUUUUAAGGGUGUGAGUGGGAUGUGGCCAGGGACAGAGCUGUAACGGGAAAUUUAAGUAACUUAGUAAUAACAAUUGAUUUACCGGUAACUAAAAUUUAAUUUAGAACAAUGUAUCUUAUCUCCACAGACUGAUAUCUAAACACACAUUGUAGUUUAGAAACAUUACUCGGAGUAUUAUUGAUGUGGAGCAACAUUCAGACAUGCCAACAAUAUGGAGCUCUUAGAAAAGACGGACAUUAGGAUAGAAAAGAGGGACAGAUUUGGGCCCAAAAUAGGGACUGUACCUUAUAAAUAGGGUAAUUUGGCAGAUAUGUAUAUCAUAAUCACUGAGCACAAUUGGUAAAACAUGUUUAAUUUAUUGUUACACAGGGGAUUGAGCCAAGAACCUAAUCCACAGGAAUAUGUUUAAUGAAGCGUGGCUGCCAACUUUAUGAACACAGGGCAGUAUGUCCGACUUUGAUACAGGCAAACGUCUAAUCUUCCUAUACUUUAUUUAACACGGAUUGGCUAUGGUGUGUUUCGUUUAGUUACUAUGUAUCAAGGUGGAAGGAUAGGUCAAUAAUUAAAAUUCUGGUAUCUAAAUGUGUAUUUUCUUGCACAUCUUUGUGCGCAUGUCCCGCGGCGUGAAUGGCUCGCUGCUAUCUCUACAGCUGGCUGAUCAGACGGCGCAGUGUUAGAACUGGUCACCGCAUGCUGUUUUACAGAUAUCUAUUGCAUAGAGUAUAGACUGAAACACAUGCAAGUUUCUUUGUCUGUGUCUUCCUAAUCUUUUGCAACAAAAACAUGUUGACAAAAGGGGUCACUUCUUGAUGAAUGACCCCCAAAAUCUUAAAUGGAAAGUGCUGAAUUUACAGAACGAACAGCAGGUGACCCUCGGGAAGAAUGAGACUUAGCAAUGAUUUUCCACGCUGUGCUACCUCUUUCCUGCAGGACACUAUUGUACUUUUUUUUAUUUUUUUUUAUUUUGUGUCAUGUUUUGAGCUUUGAAAAUGUGUUGAAUGAAUAAUUCAUGCAUUUAAUAGAAUCUGAGAUUUUCUUUCCUCCAAAAUGUGAACUAAGUAGGAUUUAAACUGCUAUACAAUGCACAUCUGCAUAAUGGGGAUUAACAUUUCAUUUCUAUCCUAUCUGCACAGCACAAUUCUUGGCCACAUCUUAGGCAGAGACUCCGAAAUCUUGGAAAUCUUUCUUUUUUUUGAUUAUAAUUAUUAUUUUAUUAAUCAGGCUUUAAAGGUAACGCGUUCUUCACCAAAUUUAAUGUCCUCGUAAACACUUUACAAAAAUUAGUCCAAUCUCUUUUUCGUUCUUGAAUUUUUUUUUCAAAUACUAAAACCAUCGUGUUGAGAAUUACUGUGUCUCUUUUUUUUACAAACUCAUUUGGCAUCAGUAGAACUGGGAUAGAGCAGAUCUUGGCCUGUGUGACGUUGGCGAAGUUCCGCUAAAAGUUUGAAUAAAAUCAAAGAAGCAGCUUUUGGAUAAUAAAAGCUGAUUUGAGACUGUUUGAGAGGUUCACAUUGUGUUCCUGUUCUAUGGACAAAGUAAAAUAGUAAAACUGUCUGGAGAUGUCCUGCUAAAUAUCUGUCUAAUCGUUAAUCAGUCACUCUUAUCAAGCAUCAGUCUUUGGUUUUUGAUAUUCACUGGAUGUUCAUCCAUGGCUAACCCGGGUUUAUAACCACUUUAUACUUUUAAUGGUUACUAAAUGCUCGCAAAAUUGUGCUAAUCAUCUGUAGGCUCUGUUCAGCCUUUUCCCUUGUUACAGCCUGCUCUGAAUACGAAAAGUCUAUGUCAGGCAUGUUCUGUUUCUAACAACUGGACAAUGAUCUUAUAUGGUAAACAUAGAUUGAGAAUGGAUAAUGAACACAUGAAUAGAAUUAAUACCCCAUAAAUGUACUGAAACAUACCUCCCGAUUGUCUUUAUGUGGGAAAGACCGUCCCUUUUCUAGUUCUCAGAUUAUUCUGUCCCAUUUUUCUGCCUUAGCUUUGACUUUUUUCUAGGAGCUCAGAUGUUAUGUUGUGUAUGACUAUAACUAAACUACACAGCAAUAAAUCUUACAUGAAUGUGUGCUUAAUCAGGCGCUAUAACCACUACAGCUUAUUGUAGUGGUGGUUAUGGUGCUGUGAGUCUGUGGUUGUCAUUCCUCAGUUCUCUGUCAUUUUGGAGCUGUUUGACAAAUACUGGAGCUCUCGCCAGCACCUAUAGCUCGCCUCCUCUGUAGCCACACCGAUGAUAAGGAAACUGCACUUCUACAUUAUUAAGUGUGAAGUCAUCCAACCUUGGAUGGCAUUGAUAAACUGAGAGUACUGGGGAAGAGGCCUACAAUUCCCUGACCAAUUCCUCUGUUAUUGUGUAAAUAUAAAUAGCCGUGUCUUACCAUUUUAGGGUUGAGAUGUCUCCAAAUAAGCAUGGCAUUUCUCUCCCACUACACAUGUCCCGAUAAAAUGCCCACACAUUGCACUUCAGGGGUCAGAGUGAAUGGCUAGCACUUUUGCACGUGCACAGUUUCCUCCUUCUUCCAAGACACUGAUAAAUUGUACAGUUGCAUUUUACUUCUCAAAGCAUCCGUGUUCAUUCCCACAUUUGAUAUUCUAAUGGUUUAUAUAGAUUUGCUACAUGUGUGAGGUUGGAAAUGGUUGUGGUUUCUGACGAUCAGUCUUUUUAUGUCUGUUUUAUGUCCGUAGUUUAAAUUGAACUAGAAGGAGGCUUGUUUGAGAUUAUUGAGACAAUUCUGGAACUUCUCUUCUAAUCUGACAUUUCCCUUGUAAUUUCUAACUCAGAAGGCAUUACGCUGUUUUUUCUUAUCAUAAUCAGACAGGGUUAUUCACUAAACUGAGAACUCAAGGUGAAUUCAAAGUGAAUUUCAAAUUUAAGGUCAAAAUAGCCGAAACUGGAAAAAUUAAAGCCAUGCUUUAAGAAAGUUCAGCUACUCUGGCCUUAAAUUUGAAAUUCAAUUAGACUUUUCACUUUAGUGAGUAACCCUGAUAGUCUUGCCUGUGUAUCAUUGCUCCAUUGUAUAUUUCCUAAUCCUUUCAUUUAAUGAAAUCUUUGUUUUAUUCCAGGCUCUUUCAUCCAUGCCGGAGAGUAGCCAGGCCUCUCGAAAACAGAAGAAUAGCUCUAGCAGUGACACAGGUGGCAGCGACUCUGGGAGUGGUUCAGAAACAGAACGGGAAGAUGAAAAUCGAAGAAAAGAGAAACAUGUUUCCUAUGAUUUGGAAGAGCACAAGUUUAAAUCACUAGAAAGAUCCAGUAUGUUAUCUGAUGGUGAUUAACAUGUGCUCUGCACCUAUUGCUCCUUAGAUUAAAUCCCCUUCAACGAACCUGAAAGCAGCGUGUUUAUUUUGUUGCGUUUCUCACAUUCACUCAUAUAGUAUCUGAGCAAUGAUUUGUGGGCAACCAGAAAGUUAAAUGAUGUUUAAAGCACAGCUGGUAUUUACUGUGCUAUCCAAUCUUAAUCAUAGUAUACAACUUAAAGGGACACUAUAGUCACCAGAACAACUACAGUAUUGUAUUGGUUCUGGUAAGUGGAAUUAUUUCAUCCAGACUUUUUGCAGUAAACAUUGUCUUUCCACCGAAAAUACAGUGUUUACAUUACAGCCUAGUGAAAACUCCACUGACCACUCCUCAGAUGGCUGCUAUAGGUGCUUCCUGGGGAAGUUCUGCACACUGUGUGGUACUGUCAUUCACUGUCUCCACCCUCUGCCAAGAGACUCUGAACUUUCCUCAUAGAGAUGCAUUGAUUCAAUGCGUCUCUAUGAGGUGAUGCUGACUGGCCAGGGCUGUGUUUAACUUGUGCCAGCACUGUGAUUGGCUUUUGAUCAACACUUUUGAUGAUGUCAGACAAGCAGACAGGGCAGAGGCAGCAGCUGCAGACUUGAAUACAAGUAAGAUUUUACUAUAUUUGGGGACGCAAGGGAGGGCCACAGGGGUUAGAUGCAUGUUUGUGUUCCUGACCCUAUAGAGUUCCUUUAAAAAAAAAAGGUAAGUGCUGUUUCUGUACUAUCCAUUGGGUCAAAUAAUUUGCUGAGAUUAAAUGUUGCAUAACAGAAAUGCUUGGUGCUAUUAAAUUGUUUGUGUUGAUGGGUGUAUUGCAUGUGGUUUAAUGGUAAGGAUUAUCCAUUGAUUUUAACUCCCUUUUUUGUGUGCAGGUAGAUAUCACCAUCAGCCACCUAUUAAAAGCAGACCUUUUAUCCAUGCAUCGUCUCCAUCAUCUACAACUCCAAUCAGGCGUUCUGUCAGCUGCCCUCGCUCUAUAACCGCAUUAAAUGCACAAUCUCCAGUGACGGAACAGCGUUCAUUCUCUUCCAAAAUACCUUCACAAAUCCAAAGACCAGCUUCAGGAAACCGAACAAAUUCUUUAAAUCGUAACUCGUCAUCAAACCGCUUACCGGCCACUAGUACGUGCAGCAGUUUAUAUUCAUCAGUGGUGAGUGCUCUACACAUCUAGACUAAAUGGCUCAUGAUCUUUAGGGCAAGGAGCGCAGAUUGUACUUAAAGGAACACUGUAGGCAUCAUAACCACUUUAGUGAAUUGACGCAACCCAUUAAAGGGACACUAUCAGGACCAUAAACAAUUGAACUGAUUAAAGUGGUUAUGUUGCCUGACGUCUAUGGGUCUAGGGUCCAACGUCACAAAUAUGUAAUUUACUCACCAUGUACUCGAGAUUAUUGGAACGCAUUGCUCCAUCUCCGCCAAAUCAAAAUUAGAGGCCAUGUUUUAAAUGGCCAGGAACCAAUAGUCUCAGCUAAACUGUGAUUGAACCAUUGAGUAGUGAUGUGGGACUCUGUGCCCGUAGACUCCAGGCCCCAUAACCUCUUCAAUCAGAUGUCCUUUCAAUGGGUUGGAUCACUGCAUCAUGUUACACUUGGCAUUUGGGUUGGUGCUGGUUUUAAGUUCCUUAAAGGGACACUAUAGUCACCUGAACAACUUCAGCUUAAUGAGGUUGUUCAGGUGAGAACUGAACUAGCUCCCUGCAGCCUUUCUCAUGUAAACACUGUGUUUUCUGAGAAAAUAUAGUGUUUACAUUGAAAGCUAGGAACACCUCCAGUUGCAGUCACUCAGAGUGAACCAGAGGGACUUCUGAGUUGAUGGAGGCAUAAUAUGCCUCCAUCCACUCAGAUCUGCUGUGCACGAAUAUCCUGUGAUUCCGUAUCUCCUCCCUCUGCAUGCAGACAAUGAACUUUCAUCAUUGAGAUUCAUUGAUUCAAUUCAUCUCUAUGAGGAGAUGCUGAUUGGCCAGGGCAGUGUUUGAAUCAUGCUGACUCUGCCCCUGAUCUGCCUCCUUGUCAGUCUCAGCCAAUCCUAUGGGUAGCACUGUGAUUGGAUCAGGCUAUCACAAGACUGCUUGUUUUUCCUGAGUCUAACAGCAUGCAUAUUUACAGCUUCUGGCUUGAAUACAGUAAGAUUUUUAAUAUAUUUAUGGAGGCAUGAGGGGCCCAGGGGGGCUAGAUGGUCAUGUUAACACUAUAGGGUCAGGAAUACAUGUAGUUGCACUGGCGACUAUAGUGUUUCUUUAAAAAAAAUUCUAGUUAAUUUUCGCCUUCACUGGUAUCAGAAAAAAGUUACAUAGGCUGAAAAGAGAUAUGCAUCCUCAAGUUCAGCUUUUCUCAAAUUUAUUUUUGCUGUUGAUCCAAAAGAGGGCAAAAAACCCAGUUUGAAGCUCCUCCAAUUUUUCAACAAACUAGCAAAUAAUCUUUCUUGACCCCAGAAUGGUAGUCCGAUAUCUCCUUGGAUCAAGAAGCUUUUACCCCACUAAUUAAAAAUUAUUUCCCUGAAUAUUAUGUUUUUGCAAGUAAAGUUAAAUUGGCACUCGUGUAAUACACAAGCCAACUAGAUUUUUCACCAUACAAAUCUGUACAGUACGUAACAACCAUUCAAAGUCCUCUUGUAACAUUUGGCAGGAGAAAAGUAUGGGUAUCACCUGUCCUAAACCUACUCUACUCUCCUUACACCUGCCAAACAUUUUGAAACUUUAGCCCUUAGUGCACAUGCACAGCCUGUGUUGCCCAAACAAUUCACCCCAAAUUUAUCCUUAGGUUUGCAAUAGAGAAUAGCAAGGUGCAUCUCUCUACCAAAGCACCGAAACAUAUGCUAAGAAUUAAAACAAUAUAAUAAAAUGUGUUGUGCUUCUUCCAAAUCUCUGUAUUACCAAAUGGGACUCACGAUUGGUGUAGGUGUAAAAGAACCCGCAAUAUUUAGAGAUGGUCCAAUUAAUAAAUGUAGUAUUUGCAUUAAUUCAGCAAUGUCAAAUGAUGUCUUGUGAUGUCUGUCAAAUAAAAAAAAAAAAAUAAAUGAGCUGCAUAUAUUGACUACUACCUGUAGAAUAUGGAGUUGUUAUAUAAAUGCUGGUAAUAAUAAUGUCAUUGUUUGCAUUUAGUCUUUGGAUUGCUACCAUAACCUACAAUGCAAUGGACACAGUAGUGGAUCUGGAGUUCCAUCUGGUAAUAAAAGGAUCCUAGUGGUCCCCAACAGAGGAGAGACAUUGGUUUUGUGUUGUUAUGAAUGUCAUUGUGUUGCUGUAUUGUUAUUAAUUAUUAUGUGUUAUUACUGAAUUCUAAUUAGCUGAACUUUUGAGCACCUGUGUCAGUGACCCAUAAUGGACUUUAGAUUGCAAUCCAUUGUGCAGAAUGAAUCUGGGUUACAUCACUUCACAAAAGAACAGGAGGAUGACUUGACAAGGCAGACAUUGGCUGUUCUCCGAGAUCUGAGAAUACGAUUUCCAGGAAAGGUGGAAGAGGAAACCUGUUUGAUCAUAGAAGAAGUAAGUAGAUGUAAUUCUGCCAUUGGUCAGAGCAGUGCGUGAAUCGGCCUUGUGACCAGUAAUAAUCUGCACUCCUCUGUAUAAAUUGAAGCUGAGAUGUCUUCAGUUUAUUCCCUGUAAUGAUUAGAAAUGAACGGGGAGCUCUGUACUAAUCAGAAUUUCCUGUAGUAAUCGCAGGGGUGACUUGAACACCGUACUAAUCAUUGGGUUCCCUGCAAUAACCGCAGGGGACAGGGAUACAAUGCAGUAAUCAGGAGAGAUCAAUAACUCUUUACUAAUCAAGACACUCUGUGUAGUAAAGGGGCGAAGGGAACUUUGUACCCAGUAAUAAUUGAAGAGGAAGGGUGAACUCUGCACUAAUCAAGUUUUUCUUUGUAGUAAUUGGAGGUAAGAGGAAUCUUUUGCACUAAUUCAUAGCUAAAAGCCAACGAUUGACUGUGAUUUUAUUAUUUUAGUUUCAUUCGUAAAUGCAAAUUAAUGUGUCUUAAUCUGUAGCACACAUCUCCGCCUUCCCCUUCAUUUAGCUCUACAAUUUAAGCAGAACUUUUGUUCUGGGUAAAGUUCCGUAGCAUUGCAUAGUAAUAGUGCUCAGAAGUAAGAGUCACUAUGUUAUAAAUUAAUGGUUCAGGAUAUUCCAGAUUAACAGGGGAUAUUUAUUCUGUAGGAAUUUUAAUUGUUAGUAUUACUAUUAGUAAUAUUUUGGGAUACAGGGAUAUAUAUUGUGGUUCAAAACGUAUUAUGGAGAUUUAAUUUUCUCAGUAUAUAAAAGGGUCUUUUGGGAAAAUAUAUAUACAUAUAUAUAUUUUUUUUUUUUGUAUUGCUCGGCAAAAUGGGAACCUUGAUAAUUAGGUUCAGAUGAAAUUCUCAUAAAAUCCCAGCCGCUUUAAUUAGACUUUGUUUGGAAUGUCUGUAUUUGAUCCGCACAGUUUCUGUUGUGCAUUUGUUGCAGAAAAUCUUUACAAUGAACAUGAGACUUUGUAACGUAAAAUACAAAGUAUUGCCCACAUUGUUCUGGAUCCUGGCACUUCUCACAAAGAUUUAUAGAGAUAUUUUACAACCUCUGGAUGCUCUUCAAGAACAACUCUCCACGGGCUCCCAGACAUUUCUGCCUCGGCGAUGAUAUAACUUACAGAAAGGAUACAGAGAAACUAUUUUCUUAGUUUACAGCUUUGGUAGAAAUGGACCUUGGAGACCAUUUAGGUUGUAGGUAACAUUUACUCAAUCUGAAUGUUUCCCUGGCAGCCGUUACUGGCUGAAAAAUUAACGGCAGUACUGUCCAAGAAAGACUGAGACCCGUUCUCGCUGCAUAGAGCAGGAACGCUUAGCUAAGCGCCUGCAGCACUAAACAGUUUAGUACUUGGAAUUUGCUUACAGACGUAAGCGUAGUUAUGAUGUAUGCACAUCAUUUCGUGCUAGGCUGCUUAUUUAUCUACGGAUAUUUAUCAGCUAAGCAUUGCCCUCUUCACUGAUUGGGAAAGAUCUAUAGUCAUAAUGUCCUCACUCUAUAAUGCAGUGUGUUCUUCCUCUACAAAAUACGUAGUACUUCACCUGUCUGAUCUAUUUCUUUCUCUGAUUCAGAUAAUGGAUAACUGGAGAUAUCACAAACCAAAACUGGCUUCCUAUUGGUUAAUAAAAUUGGACUCUGUGACCCAAAGAAAGGUGAGAUCCAUUUACCAUUGAAUUUGACAGUAAUGAUGAGUCCUGAGAUUGUGUUCCCCUUUCCUAACAUUUGCGUGGGGAUGAUUAAUGAUGUUUCCCUGGACGGAUACGAUUUGUGUUGUGGCCUUGGGAUCUGGUUUAAUAAUUGCCCGGAUGAUUUCCAUAGACCGUAAAAAGACCAACACUAACCGAAUCAGGCAGAUAAAGUAAUGUGCCAUGGAAAAUACAUUCUUGCAUAGGUGCAUGUCCUUUCUGUUUAUUUUCUUUUUGUUUAUGUAUGAAUCUAUGUAUGUUAAACUAGGAUAGGGUUAAGACAGAGAGACGUCUAGCAUUGCUAAGAGUCAGGUCUGUAAAACCGCAGCAUUGCAAACCGUUAAAAUGGCCCUUUCGAUUGUAGUUUUCCAUUCAUUAUCCUCCUCUUUUGCCACUUGCAUUAUUUUACUAUCUUUUCUUAUUUGUACCAUAUCUCAAUUACUGUGUGCAGCCAUUUUGUUCUCCUCUGCCCCAAGUGUCUGCUGUUCUUCUGUAGUUUGAUUUAAGGAUGGAUUGUGAGUAAAUUUGCUUUAAGCUCCUCCCAUUGUCAACUGUUGUCAGCUUGACUGCCAUACAUAAAACAAGUAGCCCCUACUUUUCCUUAUGUGUUUAAUGAAUACUAGAGUCUCAGGAAAAAAAAAAUUAAGAGAUUCAGGCACAGAGAGCUAUAAAGAAGCAGGUUAGAUGUUUAUUUUUGGUGACAGAUCUGCUUGAAGAUUAAGCGACUAUAAAGUUUAUAAGGGAUAAACCUGCAUGAUAAAGAAAUAUAUAUGUAUAACCCCCUUCCACCAGUGGUUUAUUUUGUUUUUUGCUGUCCUAGGCAUGACAACGCAGGCACCCACCCCUUCCUGUUUUCCUGUUUAAGAUUAACACGUACUUUAACUGACAGACACACUCACUGACAAAUACACAGUCAUUGGCACAUACACUUUCACUGAUAGACACACACUGACACUCACUCACUGAUAGGCACACCCUUUCACUGAUAGGCACACCCUUUCACUGAUAGGCACACACUUUCAGAAACACAUAGACUGUACAUACACUCACCGACAUACACAAACAUUAACACUGAUAGCUACACACUGACAUUCACUGACAGACAUACUCGAUCCUUCAUCUUUAUUAUUUUUGUGCGCGCAGUUGUUUCUUGUAGAUGCAUUGAGGACAUAUUUUGCAUGUUCCACCAAUCUAAUGCUUCCAAUAGAGAAGGAUUGAAUUGAAGGCUUGAGAUCAUACAGCAUCAAUAUACUUAGCAGGCUGACACCGGAUGUCAAAUUGAUUCAUUUAUAGAAUCUAUAUAUCCGUGGAAACUGCAAAAUAUAAACAGUCCCGCUUCUCAGAAAACCCACGAGCCCCAGAAUAGCUUCAUUAAGAUUUUGUUUUUUUAGACUGCUCUUCUAAGGCUUGAAUUUUUCAUCUCUGUAUGCAUUAUGUCUGCAUCUGUAAUAGCUGGAAUUGUAUUCUUUUACUAUUACAUCUCAAAGUGCUAACCAAAACCAAAACAACUGCCAGUUAUAGAACGUAGAGCUGAGUUUUAGCAUGUCUAAAACAGUACAACACAAAAAGUGAUGCAGAGCGGAAUACUUUGAGGAGAAUCAGAUGAGUUUUGCUCAUUUGUGCCAAAACAAGUUUUAAGUUUCAUCCUCUUGUAAUUGGGUGAUGACUCUGUAGACUGUGAACAAGGACUACAAGUUCUGGAUUGCUUGUUUUCCCAUACAAAAGGCAGUCUGGCAUUUUAAAUGGAUGUUCUGUAGGACUUAAGGUUCCUACAUGGUGAUAAAUUGAUUUUCUUUAUCCCAAAUAAUAUGCUUCAGUAUGAGGCCUCAUGCUCUAUAACUCUACCUAGUAGUUUUCCUCCGAGUUUUCAUUAUUUCUGAUCCAUUUAGAUACAUUUGCUAAUAUAGGCUACCGGCUGGGAGCAUGUAGCCCUGGAGAGAUUUGUGGUAGGAAAUGAAUCUUCUCUUGAUCAAUCUUGGAUGAGAUCUGUUAAAUAAAAUUAUAAAAAUCUUAUUACAUGGGUUCACACUGGGAUUUGGGGGCAUACUUAAUAUGUGUGUAAGGAAUAUUUUAACAAAGCAUAAUUCUAGUAAAAAGUGAUAUUUAUGGGUUGUUGCAUGGAGUCCUAGAAUCCUCGAUAUAUGCUACAAUUUGCUUAUAAUGAAAUAUUUUUACCAAGAAGUGUUCACUCAAAAGUGGCUGGGGUUGGGAUAAGCAUACGCAUGCAAAUGAUGCCAAUCUUUAUUUGAAAAAAACAUUUUCUUCAAACAAACGAACAUUGGUCAUAUAACAACUGUUUCAAAAUAUUUGCUCAUUGCUAGCUAGGAGUAGAAGCUAGUAUGAAACUAGAAGCUCCUCAUCCCUUCCAUCGACCCUAAAUAGUGGUUUUAACACUAUGGGGGCAGGAAUGCAUGUUUGUGUUCUCUAAGCCAUUUCAUGAGAUAGUUGUACGAUGAGUAAAAUAUUUGAUCAGGAACUUUGUAUGCCAAUUCAGGGAGCUACAAACACAACCAUGAAGAUUCUUGCAUAACCAGCAGGAUUAAUUUUGGAAUUAUUCCAGUUGAAUGUGUCACAUUAAGAUGCAUGAAGUUACAUGUCCACAAUGUUUAACUUGCUGCCAUCACUGACUGACAGCAAAUGACAAAUUCACAAAUGCAAUUAAUUUACUUAGAAAUGCAGACUGUCUGAUGUAUCAUUUGUCAUCUUGUUGUUCAUUUGAGCUAUGGAGACGUGUUUACUAAACACUCAAUUUCCGUGCAUUAUCAUAAUAUGUUUUCCAUACAAAGUCAGUAUUAUUCCAUCUGUUCUACCCACAAUGACCUCCAUUUUCUUGACAAAUAGUUGCACUCAAUUUGUCAAGUAGUAAAACCUUACGAUAUGAAAAUUGGUUUCUGUGCCAUCAUAACAAUGAUCAAGUGUGAUUCAUAACAUCCUCUCAUAGCCUCACUCCAUCUCCUUCUUUCACAGUAAUAUUGUAUAUCAAAACCCCAGAAGAUAAAUAAAAUAAUCACUGGAAACAUACAUAUCUCUAUUGUCCUUGUCACAGAAAAGCUUUCAUUGGGGGAAAAAAAAACCUUCAGUCCUGUUGCCAUGGCGAGUUUGAGCUUUUAAGAGUAAUUGUAUUUUUCCAAACCUGAAAUGGCUUUUAAACCGAUCAUCUCACUGGUCCCAUUGCGUUAUUAUUAACUGAUUUAAAAGGCUCCGUAUUCGACCCAUAAAACUUUAUUACCCAAACCUUUAAUUUCUUUCACAAAACAAAACAACUUCGAUAUAAUUUGCAAUUAACUGGCAGAGUAAUGAGAUUGUCUGUCAGUUGGUACUGUUUCUUGGGAGGAAGUUAUGCGAAUCUUCGAACUGCUUCAGGAAAUGUCAUAUUAUGGAGUAAUGCACUGUGUCCAAACUCAAUUUCAACUUUGGUACAAAGAUAUGUUUCAUUGUAGGUGCUAAAACCCUAACAAGAUCUGAGGGCGUAAAUUUUAUUAGUUUAAAAUAAUGAGACAACGUUAAAUACAUACAAUUUAGAACUGUAUUCUUUUGUGUGUGCGCUACUCCUUAAUCUGUAUUUUGUAUAUAUUUUGGUCUUUACAGCAGCACCACUACUUAGAAAUGCAUGUUCCGGGUGUGCCCCCAAUUCCCCCUUUUUCUGUGUAGAUUUGGAAACCAGACUAUAUUCCUAUUGGGCUAAGCACCCCACCCAUCCACUAUAGGUGCCCCUUUUGGAGUUGAGCACAGGGAAGCAUAAAUGAGGAGAGUCUCUGAAAGCCGUUUAAGCAGUAAGUAUUACAGUUAGCAUAUUUAUCUCCCAUGUUAAAAUUCGUGUAGGAUCCACCGAGAUUGGGCUACUAUGACAUAGUGUAUAGUGUAACUGAGUCCCCAUAUUUGUUUGCUGAGAUUGAUGAUCUUAAGUAGCCUUGUAGAAAUUAGAACUGUAUUUAUUUUUAUUUAACUUUUGUGUGUGUGCAUGGUUUCUUAAUCUGUAUUUUAAUUAACAUACUAUCUUCAUAAAGGUGAUGACAUACUAUCAUCAUUAAGGCAUCCAUCUUCAGGAGUCUCUUUUUCUAUAACCUUUUGUUACUUGUUAUUCUCCUGAGAAGGCUCUACCCAGAAUCUUACUAGAAAUUGAACCCAUUCAUUGCUUACUAUGGCCAAUCGGUUUAUGAAGACUCCUUUAGAAGGAUUUAAGACACCACUCGAAAUUUCCAUUUACCCCUACCUGUUCGUAAGUGAAACCUUUAGCCCAAGUGAGUAGGCAUUAACUCAUGGUCAGUGUGCCAUGGACCAUUUAGAUUUGCAGUGGUAAAUAACUUUAUGGGCCUGGUUAGUAGCAUAGUAGAAGAAAGGGAGGGUCGCACUCUGUCACAAUUUUUCAACCCAGGGUGCUACUGAGCAUGGGUCUGCAAACCCCAAGGAAUCAGUAUUAAUGAAAAAAAUCUCAGGCACUCACUGUGGUUGCUUCCAGGCAGAUUUAUUGCAGCGUUUCAACCUGUAACCAGGUCUUUAUCAAGCUGGUCAGUAGCAUAGCACCUGAAAUUUUAAUGCUUGAUUUAAGACUUUUUUUGAUCAGCACACAAGUUUUGACUAACAGAUCCAAACUAAAAACUCCUAUCUAAGAUGUAAAUUAAGUUUUAGUCAAUGGCAGCUGGUGUAGUUUGAAGAUGAUGAGCUGGUCUGACUCUCUCCCAGAAGACAGAACCAUACACAGGCCUGGGUACCCAGGACCUAGCAUGUCGGAGGAGUCUUAACCUAGAGAAUUGGGCAUUUAUUUAGCAAAACACACCCAUAAAACGACUAGUUGCUUAGUCUCUCAGUGAAAUCUACUGGCAUUACUUGAAGGAAGUGUCUCUCAGAACUAAUCAUGAGAGACACAACUUGUUUUUCUCUAACACACAAACUAUAGUCAUAACCACACCAACGUAUCCCUGUGGACCAGCCUCCACUGGUUUUAGGAAGAUAAAAAGGCCAUAGGACCUCAAUUCUAGAAGGUCUUCAAAUGUUUAAAAGUUGUAUACGUUGUUAACUCUUCUGUAAUAAUUUUAUCUUUCUUUGAAGAUUAGUGUUCAUGCGGGGCACACUUAUGUUUUACAUAUAUUUCUUAUACACCAUUUUUGUCUCAUGUGGAUUUGUAAAAUCAAAUCGUGAGAAGGUGCUUUUUACUUUAUUAAUUACCUCUACCUUGUUCAUUUUUUAUGUUAAUUAUCAAAAUCUGAGAGAUUUCUUUUUUUUUAACAAAGAUUAAUUCCAUCAAGUUGAUAAAAACAUGUACCUUUGUGAACCAUUUAGUGAUCCUUUACCAUGCUUCUGUGGCAUAUGUCUUCUCUCUCAGUUUGCCCUCCCUGUGUGGUUUAUAUGCCAGAUCUACAGAAUGUAGAUCAAUCCGUUCUACAGGAGUCACCCUUAAUGGACAGGUUCAUGGUAGAAAAAAUACAAACUUCAUAUAAAUCCUCAAAAACGAUCGAUCUAGACUCUCUCUCUGCAUUAGUGGGCAUGGUAUUUUAAUAUUUUCCGCUUUCCUGAUCUUGUGCAGUAUUGCAAAUGCAAUAUAUGUUCCCAUUCUAUAAAUAUCUAAUAAUGAUUUUAUCACAUUUCCAUUUUAAUGAAAAAGAUAAUAGGAUUUUAGGUUUUUGCAUAUAUUCUUUAUAUCAGCUAAUUGGUGAAUUUAUAUUGUCAAAUACAUCUGUAGUGCAAAAUAAAUCUGUUGGGCUUAUUUGGAUUUAAUAAGACUUUUAAGAGCAUUCACUUAUUGUUUUAUGCAGCAUAUUUCAAAGCACAAUGCUCGGAGGCAAGGAUUUUCAGGAUGACUUUUUGCGGGCACAGUUUGCUCCAGAACAGUCACAAAAUCAAAAACAUGACCCAAGAGACAACGUGAUAAAUCAAAUGGGAUUGACACUAUAUGAUAGAGCAGUGCUUUCCAAACCAUUCCUCUAGGCACCCCUACCAGUCCAGGAUUUAGUGAUUACCCAGUUGUGUCUAAGGUGUUUUUUUUUUUUUUCUUUUUUUUUUUCUUCUUUUCUAAAAACACCAUAGACGCAACUAGGUAAUCCCAAAAUCAAGGAAUGGAAGGGGUGCAUGAGAAUUGGUUUGGGAACCACUGAGAUAGAGACAGCAGGGAUGGAUAUACGGGAUAUAGACAUAGCUGGGUCUACCAGUUGAGCAUGGCUGUGUGACUGCUGUUUUGGUUUAAUAAAGGAUAUAGUUGCACCUGGAAAGUCUGAGAGGUGCAGACCAUUGAGCUGAUAGAUAAAUAUUUAGUGGUAAAUGCAGGAGGAACAAUAUAGAAAGGAGUUUUCUGUGAUAUCCGUAUCCUACUGAGACAACAUGAACUGCAGGGUAUCUUUUGCAUAUAUUUCUGAUUAUAACAUGCAGCCAGCAUUACAAUGGUUUUCAUAGUGCCAACAUUUUCCUCUGUGCUGUAUAGAAAAUGUAUGCUAACAAAACACAUUUGACAUACGAGAACAGUAGCAUUUUUACAAAUAAUCUUCUGUAUUUGGAUUCGGUAGCUUGCUUCAGAAGUUGUUGGCCUUAUGGAAAAUCAUUAUCUACUACUCAUUCAAUACAUUGUUCGUCACCUUCAAAGGGAUGCUCAGGAAUAUAAUGUCAUAUUCAUCAUAGGAAAACAAAUUUAUAAAGCUGUUUUUUUAAUUUUUUUAUUUAUAUUUAUAACAUGAUUAUUAAGUACAAGAUAUUUAUUAAUGUCCGUGAUUAUUACUGUGUCGUGUUUUGGUAGGAGGAAUCUGUUAGGUGCAUGUUUGUUUAUUGAUAUUAAUUAUUGAUUUGCUUGAAUAAUUUUUUUUUUUUUUUCAAUUUUUCUCUAGAUUUUAGAUAUUGUGAGAACAAAUAUUUGGACGGUUCUCCAGCGCAUCUGGAAGGUUUCGGAUGUUGAAUGUUUACAAAUAUAUCGCAGUUUCAAUCGUGUAUUUAACCGGCUACUCUGGAGUCACGGCCAAGGCUUGUGGAGCUGUUUCUGUAGCUCAGGGUAGGAGUCAAGUUUUUCUACUUUCAUUUUAUCUCCUGUAAUUUCUGUUAAAGCCGCACUGUCACCUUAUGGGGACUUUGCAGACUUCGCAAAGACCCCCAAUGAUGACAUUGCAGCUGGUGGGAGAGGGGCAGGUAAAGGUUGGAUUUACUUACCUGAAUCUGUCCCUCAUGGGUGCGGCCAUCUUCCUCUUACCAGUCCAUCAUCAGCUCUUGGCGCUUUAGCACCAGAAGCCAACUUCGCUGCUGUACUCUCGCGUGACAGUACAGCAUUGAGGUCUAUGUAGGAUCCCGCGAGACCGUGGAAUCAUCCAUAGAUAGUGCCAAUUCCCUGCAGCUGUCACUGGUGUGUGUGUGUAUGUGUGUAUAUAUAUAUAUACACACACACACACACAGAAAAUAAUGCAUUUGAAUUUAUGUAUAUUUGAAGUUGCCAUAUUUUCUGAAAAAAAUGCAAUCUUUGCCGCUCUGCAAUUAGCUCUUGCCAAAUCAGGCAGUGGCAACGAGCCAGUUAUUCUUACCUGAGUAGCACUCUAGGCAACAUAACCACUAUAGCAAGCUGUUAUGGUUAAGAUGCUUAGUGUCCCUGUCACUGGUCACUGACCCCUUGUUUUAUGACAAAACUUUAAGGAACAGUUUCCCAAAAAUCGUGGUUUUCCACAGCAUCCAGAGACUGCAUUCUCAAUGCAGCUGAGGAGGUAUGAUCUCCCAGAGCCAUCAUUUUUGUUAAACAUGAGAGAGAAGACAAAAGAAGAGAGAACACUGAGACUGCAGACAAUAUAAACAUUACACUAAUCUGUAGUGUGUUUGUUGCUUUGAGUGUCUCUUUGACUAACAUUUGAACAGUAAUUUGUGAGCACAACACUGGUUUCUGGGAGUUGUAGUUUAGUUGUCCGUUUUCAGCUGCAGGAAGUAAGCAAUGAUAUCCUGUACAUCAAUAUUUUGUUAGGAAGAAAAGGCUGCAGACUGAGAGAUGGACAGAAAGGGUGGGAAUAAAAUAGCAAAACUGUAAUGUUAUUAAUUGUAUUCUAGUUUCUUUUUUAAUCAUGAUAAUUAAUAAUAUUAAGAAGUGUAUAUGGAAUUCUGUAUAUGGAGUAUGUAAAUGGAAUAUUACACAUUGCUACAUAUUGCUAUUUAUUCUUUAAUUUGGAAGAGAGUUUUACAUGUCUCAUCAUAAUUUGUAAGGGUAUUGGAAGCCAUAUCUGUUUGUUUAUCUGGUGCUCAGAAAACAGUAGUAGGGUUAUUUACUAAACACAAAAUCUGACCAAAUUCUAAGCGCAGUGGCAAUUCUCAUAUUUAUUAAAGCUAAAUACUGUUGGAAUUCGGUCUCCCUUAGCAAAUCUGCAGCAAUUGUUAUAUACAUUCAGUGUCCGGAUUAAAUUUAGUGCUUUUGCAUCUAAAUCUUAAAAUGAUUAUAGGAUUCUGAGGAUUCUUAAAGCCCCAGUUAUAAUAAAAUUCAGAACCGAAUGCAUCAAGCAGGAUCAUUCACUUGCCUUCAUGCAAACUAAUAAUAAUUUUAGGUACCAUUUGCCCGCUGACCGUGCUAAAUUCGUAAGUAUCACUCUGUGGCACGAGUGUUAAAUAUGUGAUGGCUGCGGAGGCGGGGCCCGGCUGCCAUGCAAGCAGGACGCAGGUUGUGGGAGCUACUCAGCUUAGUCUGUGAAUUAAGCUAAUAUUUGAUAUAAAUCUACAAAUUUGGCUAUUGCAAAGGUCUCUCGCUAUUUAAAGUGAAGCUGGGCACCAUCCUGUGCCGACUAUCUCGGCUCAUCAGGGCGCGCUGACACGCUGAUCUCUCACUUUGAAGGCUCACUGGAUAUUGUCUGGUCAUCCCCAUCUCCGCUGGGCCAGUUUGUUACAGACCUACAGCCUGAAACCGCUUGUGGCAACUCAACACAGACGCGGGGCCGAAUCAAGCACAUGGCAAGAUGGCCAACGCACUUACACCGGCUUUGCGGGGCUUGGUGCCAAAACUGUCUGGUAUAAUGUGCUUACCUCUCUGGCUGUAGGCACUCUUUGAUUAAUUCUGGGCGCAGCUGGAAAAACGCAUGUAGCAUGUGUCACGCACCUCACAGUCUGUGGAGGGAGAUGGGAGGCAUAGAAAAGAGAAGUCGGGAAGGUACCCACCAGGCACAGCAAAUACCGAAGCUUACACCAUUCUGCCCACUAUUGAUUAUUUUGUAUGGCCCGCAAAUUAUGUUUUAAAUAUCCAAAUGGCCCUUUGCAGAUAGAAGGUUCCCCACCCCUGCAGUAAGGGUUGGACCCCUGAUCAUCAUCCACACCUGCGGAGGACUACAAAGGAAACGACAUAGGAUCCUACGUAGUCCCCCACAGGGAAAGGACUUGGUACCCAGAAGUCAGAGUUCGUGGUUCAAUGACACCGGCUCUUAAAUGGCCUCGACUACGCAGCCCAUUCCGGCAGACUGUGGCACUAUUUACAAUCCUUCCCUACUCAAGGAAUUGGGUGACCACCUUUCCCUGUGAGAAAACAUACCUACCAGAAGUGGAGUCCCUGCUCUGCCUGCAGCUGUUUAUUAUUUCAGUUUUUUGCUUAAGUUAUUGUUUUAUUUUGUUUGCUUAGUGGUACUAACUUGUACUUACUCAGCAUGUUCUACAAAUACUAUGACUCAAGUCUGGAUAAUUUUAUUUAUAUUUAAGCUUAUACUCAUACUUUACUUUACCAACUACCCAGAUGUGUAUACUUAACCUGACUACUACCUUAAAAAAGUGCAAGUUUAAUAUUAAUGUCUUUCAACAUGAGGCUUUAUAUUCCGACUAGCUUAUUGUUUGCUGUUGGGGCAUGAUAAGCAUGACUGUAUCUUCAUGCACUUCAAAGAUAAAGAAUUAAAAAUAAAAAUAAAAUGAAAUGUGGCGACUAGCCAGGAACUGCUGACGGUUGGGGAUACUUCCUUAACAUCUAAAACCAGCAAUUGAUGAGUCAUUGCUUCUCAGUCACUAGAAAAGGCUGAUUCCAUGGGUUUGAGGUCUGGGAAAUAAUGGUGGUAGGGGAGCCUACCAUUGCAUUGAGUGGUGGACUUUAAAAUAUUUAACCGGCUAUUUGACAAAAUAUAUAGGAGAGGGGCUUAUGAUCCCCCCCCCACCUGUAGUCAGCAGGUGGGGGAUAUUGUAUGCAUGGGGUAGGAUCUUGUGUCCCUUCCUGGCCCCAACAUCAAAACUUCAAUCUUGUAUAUGUAAAAUGUUUGUAUUCCAAAGCUUCAAGAUAACAUUUACGAAGAGCCAUACAAACACACAUUCCCAGUCAUGCAGACAAUCAAACAGACUUAAACACACAGUCCUGCAUACACAUAUACACAGACACACAUAUACACUCAUAGAGACAGUCAUACAGACUUACUCACAGCCAUGCAAACGGCUAUACAGGCACACAUACAGACAGUCAUGCACACUCAUACAGACUGGGAAGGUAGCUUAAUGAACUACUGUACUAUGCGUUGGCAGCACCCAUAUAUUAAGUAGGCAGGCUCAUCACUUUCUUGUUUAUGUUGGAAGGCCCUCAUCUGUUGGUGCGAGGGACCACUUCUCCCUCGUGGCCUGCUCUGUAGUGACAUCGUUGCCACCCUGAGCUGUAUGUAGAAAUAACACAAGCUGCUCCUCAAGGGUCUCUCGUGCGGUGGUGACAGACAGCGGGCCGAAUGCCUUGUAUUUCAAGGCAUUAGGUGACUGUCCAGUGUUGCGGCGGUGGCAAACGUUAGGAUGAAUGCCUUGUAUUUCAAGGAAUAAGUUGACAGGCCAGUGUAUAGCAGGGGUCAGCCCUGGUACGGGCACAUGUACGGUCUGGUGACUUUAUUUAUGAAUUUUUUGUUCCAGGUUAAGGUAGUACCAGGAUGCCUGACAUAAAACCACACAAAUGCUCCCAGCGGUUUAUUGAGAUUGCCAUUGUAUUGUGACUCGCUUUGAGAACAAGUUUCUUUGACUCAUAGGCACAUGACACCUAAAUAAAGAUUGUUUUAAUCCAGCUGAAAACAAAUAAAUUCCCUUUGGCAAUUUUCCUUCGUACUACAAUCUACUUCCUGGCGUUGCCACAAAGCUGUCAUUUAGCUAGUUUUGUUCUCUGAGUCUCUCCAUGCAUCAUUGUCUAAUUACAUAUAAAAGUAUCAAAAGAAUCCCUUUGUUUAUUUUUUUAUUUUUUAUUUUUUUUCCUUUUCUGAGGUUUGUUCUGGUAUUAUUGACCCACCGGCAGGUGGUAUUAACUCUCUCUUAUUCAGGCUGAUUUUCCGCAUGUUUAAAAAUCCCAAUCUUCAUUAUAUUAGAUGUGUGACUCAUAAUAAUAAUGUGACCCUUUAAGAUACUUCUUUUUUUUACUUCUUUAGUUAUUAUUCCUAAGGCCUUAUUGUGACUGGCUCACACUUUUCUUGGAAAUUGCCAGGAGAUUCCCUUCCCUAUGUCAGGCUUUAAACAGCUCAGAGUUUGACUAUCUCGUUCCAAUCCACCGCAUUGUGCAGUGAUUUGUCAAAUCUAUAGAAGUCUUACUUUGUUUCAUACUAAAAAAUGUUUUUAUUUCAUUUCAACAGAGGACUAAUACCAUUGCAAUGAUAUAUAUAUAUAUAUAUAUAUAUAUAUAUAUAUAUGCAGGUUCAAAAAGCUGCUCGUUUUAAGGAACCGAUAACCUCAUCGUAUGGCUGAAUCACAAAAAUUUUAAAUCAAUACAUCCGUGUACUCUUGGCUAUUGAAAAAGUAUGAAUAAAUCAGUCUGUAGAAAAUAGAAUAGUGAGGACAGUCAGAUAGGGAUGCUUCCUGACAGAAUAGAUGAGUUACUUUUUAAGUUUGUGAUUGGAUUAUUCAGCUUUUUUUUUUUUUCUUCUAAAGGGAGUCUGAGCCUUUCUGAAUACAUCGUGAUCUAUAGAGAAGCCAAAUACACUAAUCCUGGGAAGAAUGGAACUUUUAGGCAAUCACAAUAAAAUGUAUUUUUUAUUCCAAUGGAAUAAAUUUGAAAUGGACUUAUCAUAGUGUAAAAUAUGGCCUGUCAGGAUUUUGCUGUGAUGGGGCUCUCCUGUAUGCAAUGAUUUAACAACACGGAAAAGUGAAACCUAGUGUCAUCAUUUCAGGAUUAAUCCAAAAUGAAUUUAUAUCUGAAUUAAUAUUGACUUUAAUGUGCUAUAUGUCCUUCUGUUUUAAUUUCUCCACUCACACUGUAGGUUCUUGUAACUAAUUAUUGCUCCCUGACCCCAAAUAAGUGCCAUCUGUUUUCUUAUUUGCUUCAGUUGUCACUUUGCCAGCCUGCACUGCCCGUACUAUACACAUGGCAUCACAAGGUCAAAAACAACAAACUAGCUGGCUCAGCAUCAUUUAGGUUCUAUUGUUUUAACCCUGUUCUUGUAACUUUUUCUUUUACUUUCUAAAAUGUAUUUAACAUGCUUUAUGUUACUUUUUAGCAAGCCUAAACUGGUCACCAGGCAGACUUGUCAAAUGUCUAGUAAGUCAUGAUGAUCACUUUAAGGGCAAUCAAGGGAAAUCAGAGGAUCACCUUGACAGGCCAUGGGCAGAUUGAGCAAAUCAGUCAUGAAUAUGUAGCCUGACCCAAACUCUGCAGCUUUAAGCUGGAAAGGAGUUACAAAGAGUUAAAAGAUAAGUUGUAUCACAGCUCCACCCGAUAUCUCCUAUUGCGAUAGGACCUAGAUGGUCUUUCUUUGAAGCUUACAUAAGCCAUGGAGAACCUCAAAUUGCUGCAGGAAAAUCAGGCAACUUUGGAAGGCUCCAUCAUUAGCAUCAGAACAUAUUGUUGUGUCUAGAUAGCCUUGACAAGAUCGGGAGCAGGACACAUCUAGCAGAUGAUCUUUACAUAAAGAAAACUUCUACACGUUCUUCUCAGGCUCAUAGCAGUUCUCUUGCCACCCAAGCAUGAAAUGUCUAUAUAACUAGUUGCCUUUUUUGGGCUACCCAAAUCACCAUUGGCACCUGUUUAUACUACCAAGCUCAUAGUCUUUCAGUUUUAUAAUGGCAUCGGUAAUAUUGUUUGGCUGCCAGAAUGAGGAACAUGCAUGUAUUAUUCUGAAAAUAAGAAUCUGACUUUCUUCCCUUUUACGCUCCUUCAAAAUACCAUUAUCUGAACUGAGGAAUGUUAUGUAGUUGCUUCAAACACUCUAACUCCUGGCUACCUUUCUAAAAACUGCUCCUGCCGGCUGCCCCACUGAUUAGGGCUUCCUACAUCUAAUCUCACGCAAUUUGUUCCUACAGCGACAGCUUUUUGGCAUUUUGGACUCUGAAAUAAUUUGAAUAGUCCUAAUUUAUCUGGAGAUCCAUUUAGGUUUAUCUUAUACCUAGUAUACUGUUUGAGUUGUGUUUUCUACCGUUUUUUUAAUAGCUUAAUUUUAUUGCUAAUAUUUAAUACUUUAUUAAAGAGAUCUGUUUACACCUAUAGAGCUACGGGUAUUAAUUCUUGUUUGCCUCCAACCUUUGUCAUCACUGCUUUAUUAAGUUUCUCUCCUUAGUAUAAAAGAGAUGGGGACAUUGCCACUGACAUUGACAGAGUGUUGCCUGUUCCCUCCCACUGGUCUUAUUGACAUAGAUUUAUCUUCUAUUGCGAUUUGAUAUAAAUUAUUCUUAAAAUCCUCAUUCUCGUGCUACUUCCUCAUUCCCUCGUUACCUAUGCAUAGGAAAACACGGGAUAAAUCACAUAUUUGUAGUUACCGUUUUAUACCUAUAUAAAUGAAAUGAUAAUACAUAAUUUAAAAAUAAAGCAUUGCGAAAAAUAAUAAAAAUGCUAGGUCUGCUAAGUUGUUUUGUUUUUUCUUUUGCAUGCGCCACUUGAUCAAAAUGCAAGCAGUGACCUGUUCUUCCAAUAUGUUUAUUAAAUGUAAUCACAUUUUUUGACAAAUAAAAUCACAUUUAAAAAAAAAAAAAUGUAUUCUAAUUUUGGUUUUUCUGCAAAUGCGUAUCCCUAUUUUGCGCCAAUGGGGACUUUGUUAAUUUUACUUUAUCAAAAACUGAUCCUUCACUUAUGUUGACACACUUUAUACAAUGAGCAUCAGACCCGUGCCAUUCAGACGGCAGCUUUAUUUAUUUAUAUUUUAUUUUAUUGCAAAGUAAUUCUUUAGUUUUGUUGACACACUUUAAAUGGAAAAGACGCCAAUUGAUCCUGGGGGAAAACGGCUGUACUUCCUAUUCCGAGGUUUGGGAGCUGGAGAGGCCGUUGCAAGAAAAUGGAAAUGAUUUUGUUUUCAUUACCCUGGAAACUCACUUGUAACGAAAUGUAUUUACUUAGCAUCUUCUGCUUGAUCAGUGAAAGGCGGCAUGAAUUGAAUUUUCUUUCUCGAGGAAACAAUAACCCAUUAGAUAUUUGUUAUUAGUUUACCAUCAUUAUGGUUUACGAUGUUCCAAAGUCUAUUUGAAAUAAAUCUAUAUUUUUGUUCUUCAUUUUUCAUAACCGUAAAAAGUAUCUGACAAUAAAUCUUGGUGUUAUCACCUUAAACAACUGCUGCUGUGAAUGCUUUAGGGCUGGAGUGAAUAAUGACUUCUGGCAUUCUCAAACAGAAAGAUUAACUUUUCCUUUUUUUCAUAUUCUCUCCAUCUGUCAGUAUUUGGCUUAAACUAUUCAGGUCUUUUUACAGCAAACACAUCAAGGUUACAUGUUUUAUAUGGUUUAAACCUAUUUUGGCUAAACCUGUUUACCAGUCAUGCACUUAGUUUGCCAUUUGUGACGUGAGUCUCUCUCCCUCAGGAACUCUUGGGAGCCAGUGAUCAGCCGAAAUACAGAAAUGGUCAGUCGUCAGCAGGUCCAGUGCUGCCAGCGAUUGGUCCAGCUCUGCAAAGAAUGUCUGCUGGUAGUCUACAAAUAUGCAACAGAUUCCAGAGGCGUUAACACAGACCGAGAUGACACAAGGUAUUCAUUAGCAAGAAACCUUUCCACAAUAAAUUGUCUUACUGUCAAGACAUAAAGAAAUAAAACAUAUUUAUACAAUUUUAUAGCCAUGAAUUAAUGGGGAAGGGGAUUAAAAUGUAUUAAAAAAAAAUCCAUUCAGCAUUUCUUGGGAAGACUGCUUCUCACAAUAUACUAAACACAUGUUUAAACAAUGAUCACAAUAUGAAUGAGCCAAAUAUUCGUAGAGACCUGUAUGCUGUUUGCUUGCAGUCUUUCCUUCCAGUGAUACAAUGUGUAACUUUUCUCCUGUGAGAUAUAAGAAAUAACAUUAAAUGUAUAAAUUGACACUGUUCUAAAACGUAGUACCUUCCACUUGGCUUCCUGUCAAGCAUAAGGGCACAAUUUAAAUUAUCAGAAAAGAUGAUGUGGUUUCGGUGCGAUCUAUUUUAUAUACAUGUAAAAGAAAACAAAACACUAAGCAUCGUAUAAAGUUAUAAAUGAUUUUCAGCAUUGUAUUGUAUGAUAUAUUUUUCCAUAAAUGUGCCCAUUACAAUUUAAAAAGUUAACAGUUUUUUUUUCAGCUAUAAAAAAGUACCCAUGAAAAAUGCAUAACUCUGUGAUCAAUAUCUUGCUUUAAAGCAGGCUUGCACAACCUACGGUCCACCAGAUGUUUUGAACUACACCGCCUAUGAUUCUUCGAAAGAAACAGAAUGUCAGAGAAUCAUGGCAGAUAGCCAGGGAAUCAUAGGAGUUGUAGUUCAAAACAUCUGUGGGGGUUGCAGGUUGUGCAGGCAUGCUUUAAAAGGGUCACUCUAAGUACCACAGCCACAACUGCUCCUUGUAGUGGUUAUGGCGCAAAGAGUAUUUACGAGCACACCCCUCCUUGUUUUAAAAAUGGUUUGACACAAGACAGAGCUCUCUCCUAGAUACUACUUCUGAACUCACCUUUACGUUUUUAUCAUUUAGAUAUUUAUUACCCGUUCUGCCACAAUUCACCAUGAAAACCUCGUCUUCCAGUCUUGGCUGCGGCUCAUCUGGACCCCCACGAUCCACCAUCUUGUUUACUUCUCAAUUUAAACCAUACUGAAGUAAAAUGAACUUGUGCAUACCCUCUGUAAAUAAUAGCUUUUUUUUUUUUUUAACCUAUUUCACAUGGUGCUAAGCAAAGCUAUAGUGUAGCACCGAUAGAAUGCAAUGAUUGUUCUGAACUAUGCUGAUUGGUUUACAAGAUUUGCAUAUGUUUUGAUUUUAAAUAGUUUGCCGGAAAUACUAUAGAUAUUUUCUUCUUAGAAAGUGUAUGAUGCAUAGGAAGACUUACUGAUUCAGUUAGAAAGCUAAUUUAUUUUGCUUGUACAAAGGAAGAUGUAAUUUAUAAUGUAUUACUGAUAUGUUGAAUGAGUAUUAGAAUAAGACUUUGGUGUACCCCAAGUACAUCAAAACUAAGAAAUUGUAAUUGUCUUUUAGUCUGCCCUCUCCCAACCUGUAAAAAGGGUUAAACACUGCUAAAUAAUAUCCAUUUGCCUUACUACAAAACAGACAUCGACUUGUACUGAUUUGAUGAUCAUUUAUCAGGUUUUGAUUUUUUUUUUUUUUUUUUUUUAUCUGCAAUUCUGCAGUUGUAACCUUUGACCUUGUGCUAGUUCACAUCUGGUCAUACUUUUUGCCAGAGACAGAAAAUGUGUAAGAUUGACUCCAUUACCUGCGUGAAUGUGCCAAUCGUUAUUAUUUUUAAACAGAAUAAACUUUUAUUUUUUUUAGCUUUACUAAUUCUAUGAUGCAAUUAUGUCGGGUUUUUUUAAAGCAUAUUAAUUAUGUACAUGAAUUUACAAAUCCAGUUAGAGUUUAACACUCAAUGACGUGUAAUUGUAUUUCUGGGUCCUAUUUUAUCUAUGUUUGCUGCAUAUUUUGUAAUUGCCAAGUUAACACCAAGACAUUGACAUGGAAAUGUUGCCAUUUUGGCUUUCUUUGUCUGCAACAUGCAGAUUCUGAUGAGCACCUGUUUGUAGAAUGUGUUAAACAAAACAAAAAAUGUUUAAAUCCUGAAAAGGCACAAAACAACCGCUCAAAAUAAUUAACUCUAGAUGCCAUUCAUUCUGCUUUCCUUAAUGUGAGCGUUCUUGUGGAUAUAGCUUAUCCAGUGGUUCCCAAACCAGUCCUCAAGGUACCCCUACCAAUCCACGAUUUAGGGAUUACCCAGUUGUUGUUGUUUUUUUCUUUAAUAAAUGCUGGACUGAUAGGGGUGCCUGGAGGACUGGAGAUCUGAUUUAACAAAAUUUUCAUAAACAGUGGUUUUAUUUUUUGUUGUUGUGUUUUUUUGUUUUUGUUUUUUUAUCGGAUUUCACGACUUGAAUGAAUCAGAAUGGAAUCAAAACAGAAGGUCUUAUUGUAGGCAUCGAUAUUGUAGGCAUUGAUAUUUAAGAAGAUUGAUGUAUUGCGCAUGGCAUAGAUAUUACAUAACAUCCCUUUUAAUUAUUUUUCAUGCUCCAUUGUCUACUUUUUGAACGUCCCAUAUAGCUGAGAAAAAGCACAGAUUGUAAAUAAGUUGCAUGAUGUUUCACUUAACCAGUAGCAUAAGUUUUACGAAGGCAACAGAGUGUGGAUGAGAAGUAUCGCCAAAUAUCUACAAAGUGUCAUUUUAAUACUGUUCUGAACAUCCUCAGGAUUAAUAAAACGUUACCUUUUAACAUAUAGAACAUGAAUGCAACCAAAAAUAUUAUUUUACCUGAAAUAAAAGAAAAAUAAAUAAAAG